AUGCUUAUGUAUGAAGGGGUCGAUGAGAACGAAGACGCUCUACAAUGUUGGUUUUCCAUGGUAAGAAUCCAAAGAAGCUCAGAUGUGACCGGGAAAUGGCGGCUCGCCGCAAAACAUUAUGCGGUAGUGUUGACUGCCCACAGCAAAGAUGGCGACAGAGCCGUCAAGCCGCUCGCCCUCUUUGCAGGUAAUUGACGAGAUGCACCACAGACUUCAUUCCUUCUGACGCUCUUCUUGUGUGAGCCAAAGGAGGCCGCUACUCCUAGGAAACAUUGCAGCAGGGGCAGAGGUUCGCACUUUUCUCUAACUCAGCUUUAACCCUCGGCGAUUUUUCUCCAUGAGAAGACUAGUUAGUCACAACUCUACCCUCUGAGAGACGGGCGGACAGGCCGUCGGGAAGAGCUGAGGUGAUUCCGAGAGGUUUCUGUUUCCUUUCGGACGGGGGCGCUCUAGCUCCUCUCUCUAUGGUCGGCCGCGCGCGCGCUGCAGCCCGGUCUUCUGACGAAAGGCGCUCAGGGGCGGCCCCUCACGUGACCAGCGGCGUAACGCGACGGCGCCUGUGGCUCAUUGCGGUGCGUUCGCGGCCUAGUUGCCUUUGCCGGGUUUAGAGGCGUCGCGAGGGAAAGGCCUCGUUUCCUCCGGCAGCGCUUGCGGUGAGAGGCGGGUGACGUCCGGGCCGCUGCCGCUAAUCCUCCUCAAGGAACGGGGAGGGGGCGAGGACAUGACGGGCCUCGCCGGCAUGGGGCACCUGCGGUACUGGGCGCCACUCUAGCAGGGGGCGGGAGCGGGUUGGGGGGGUCCGCUCUUGGUUUCCCCGGGGGAGGGGGAAUGGCGGAGUCCGCGACCUACAGACCACGAGGGGGGGAGCUGGGCGGCGGGAUCGGGUCCUCUUUCGCGGGAAGGGGGUUGUUUGGAGGUUCCCCCCCUUUCUUAGCGGAUGGGCGGAGGGAAAGGAUGUGGGGGGCGCUAGUGGGCGAGAGCUUCUUAGGAAGGGAGGGCCACACUCUCAACCGCCCUGCGACUUAGCCCGUUUAGAACGAAGCCUUAUAGUCGUGUUCCUGGAAGCCCCCUGCGUGUUUUGUACACGGGCCUGAUUCACGACGUGCGUGUUCAGAGCUUGACGAGAACCAAGCUUUGACUCGUGCGUGUGAAUGGGGCCAUCGCAGAUCACGCACCGUAGGCAGAAUUGUCAGCUUGUUAAAGCGCAGUGUUCUUGAAAGGUUUCACUCGUGCAAAAUAAGCUUCUAUAUGACAGUGCGUUGGCAAAUGGGUAAUUUUAUUCCAAAACGUUGAGCAGCAAGCUGAACUUCGCUAUCUUUCAAGUUCAGCGUGUAAAAAAAAUAAUAAUCCUGCAGCUUCUAUACUUGAACAUGCAGAUAAUCUCAUAGAAGUACCUGCAACAUGCCCACAUAAUGGGGUUGGGAUCAAUCAUUCAUAACUGUGUUUUAAGUAGCAGGUUAUUGUUCCUUUAUUGCAGGCAAGGCUGUGGAAUGUAAUGGUAAUGAAUCUGCACAGCUUCAAUGGAGGUUUUCCAUUAUGUGUGUGAGAAAUGUGUUUUAAGUCUUAAUAACAUUUACCUGAAAUAAAACCCCAAUGGAACUUGGUAUGAAUUAGACUUGCAGCAGAAAUAAUGCUGGGAGAGCUGGCAUAUUGAUCAUAGCUGUAGAGCAUCAACUUUGCAUGCAGCGGGUCUCAGAUUCAGUUCCAAGCAUCUUCAGGUAAGGCUGGGUAAGACUCUAGUCUGAAAUCCUGGAGAGACUGCCAAUCAGCCUAGGUAUUGCUGAACUAGAAGGCCGUGUGGUCUGACUGCUUUUUAUCUCUAAAUAUCUCCAGAAAAUUCAUGUUAAAUUAGCACUGAACAUUUCAGAUCUUUUUAUGCAAUUCCAAAAUACAGUAGUUCAUAGUCCUCUGGCUCUGUUUCCGGUGACCCUCAAACUAGUUGUCUACUUGUGUUUAGGCAACAUUUUGAUAAAAUGUUAAGAAAAAAUGCUAACUGUAUUGCAGCUAUAAUUUCUUCUUUUUUUCUUGUUUUUUAAACCAAAUGCCACCAGUUAAUCCAAACUUGCAGUCUCUGGUGCAGACUGAUUACUGAUAUUUGUUCAAGCAUAAAAUUAUCUAUAGCAGGAUGAAGAGGAGUACCUUAAAACAAUUAAUACAAUGUAAAUAGCAUAAUUUUAGGUGUAUCAAAACAAACUUCUAUAUAUAGUCUUGGCAUUUUUUUUCUUUUCUAAGCAUAAUAGUAUUGCAAAUACCGUACUUUUUCAUGUAUAACAUGCCCCCUUGUAUAGCACGCCCCUAUUUUUGGGGAUUCCAAUUUCAGAAAAUGGCCCAAAGUUGUUGAGCUUUUUUGGGGGGAAUGCAGUAAAUCACUAACCCGGCAAUUGCAAUCGCUUGCGCUGCUCGUUAACAAUCUCAUCAGCUACAGGAGGCUGCCCGAUCGCCAACAGCGGAAGUAAAUAGCAAGCACAAUUGCCCUAGUGGCAGCCAAUCCCCAGCAGCCCUUGACACAGCAACCAAUCACACACCCAUUUCCCACAGCCAAUACAAAGAACCCCUUGCCGCAGCCACCAAUCACACUACAAAUCGCCAAUGACAAUCUGCAGCUCGCGGCUGCAACCAAUCACCUGUCACCCCUACCCAUGUAUAAGACAUCCCCAGUUUUUAAACCUUUUUUAGUAAAAAAAACCCCUAGUCUUAUACACAGAAAAGUACGGUAUUUUGUUGGUCAUCUAUAUUUAUUAAUAUAUAUAUUUCUAUACCACCAUACAUUUCAAGGUGAUAUAUAUACAUGUUAAACAUGAAAUAUCAUUUUUAAAAAAUACAGAUUAACAUUAAGAUGACUUGGUAAGCAAAAAUUGAAACAGCUGCAAAGACCUGUUGGUAUUUAUAGGAUCGCUGGUGGAAAUGUGGUUUGGUGUAUGACUAUGUCCCUCUUAAUUUAAACUUUAUUAAAACUAUUUCAACAGAUGAGAAAUGGAAAAUAUUCUGGGAUCAUAUAGCAUGACCAGGAACUUUUUCUCUUUCAUGCAUCUAAAAGCCUGACUUUGUCCAAGAUUUUUACUACCUGACUCCCCCCCCAAAAACAACAACAACAACAACAACUUUGAAUUCUAUGGAAUUCAUCCUUUAACUCCUUAUUUUUCUCUUUUUACAUACUGAACAGCCUCGUCAUAAAAGCUGGAUUCAUUAAAAUGCCAUAUUUGCAAGACAGUGCCAUACAUGUCUACUCAGAAGUAGUUUUUCAUGGAAUUUACUCUCAACAAAGUGCAAAUGGAAAUUCAGUCCUAGUCUCAUCUUUAUUACACACACAUGUAUCUUACCUCUCAGGAUACACAUGCUUCCGAGCUAGCUUAUAAGUAACAUUAAUCUGUGUUAAAAAAUAAAGCAACACAUGGUAAGAAGUAGCAACAUACAGAACCAUUGGGAUUCUUUCCACAGUACAUAUGGUGGUAGAUUGCCCUCUGGGAAAUGUGGGGGAAAUCUACUGGAGCAGGUUCUGAUGUACUCUUUGCCUGCAUUCCCAUCUCUCCUGGAAUCCUUCCCAAAGGACAGUUGAUGGCUCUGAUGUGAUUUUCACCUGCAUCCCUCUCUCCUGGAAUUCUCCUGAGCUCUGUUUAUUGUCUAGCUGUCUUGCCAGUAUCCAGAGUUCAACAUGGCAGAAAUAAGUUUUAAUUUAUUCCUUUAUUUCUUGGCAUUUAUUCAAUACACAAAUCUUUUAGUUUUUUGGGUUUUUUUACAUUUAUAUGUAUGACUAGGGCAGAACUCUUUAUUUUAAGGCAGCAUUCUAGGAAUAAACACUUUUCUCCAUCCAUGCCAAGGUUUUUGGCCAAGUUUUAUCAGUCAUUCAGUCUUUCCAGGUUUAUCUAUCUCUUUACUGCUAACUUGUUUAUAUAUGGUUAUAACUGGUUUGAACUUCUGCGACUCCUGCCUGCUAACCUUCCUUCCAGCAGUCAAAUUAGAAUGCUUCUCUUGUAAUCUUCAGACCUAACACUUCUGUAAUUUCAUUCGUGACUUGCUUUCACAUGUUCCCCAUUGUUUUCUACUUAGGAUGUGGAUUUCCUGAGCAGGGAGAAUUAAUUAGAAAAUGUAAUGCUGCCCUAAACUGUUUGGAUGUGGCAUGCAUGUUUGACUUUUAUUUAGUAGUGAGAGGUUAAAAAGUAUAUCAUGCCAAUUUUUCAUGCUGUAUAAAUAUCUCUUUAAAAUGUACUUUGUGUGAUUUAAGUGUUACAUUCUAUAUUUUAAUUAUGGGUGUUUAUAGUUGUACAGUAGUUGAUUUGUUUACUUGCAAACCCUUUAUAAGUUUGUUUUGGCAUGAAGCAGUAUACAAAAGUUGGGUCUUCAAUCAGUUUCACCUACUACACCAGCAAAAGCCAUAUCUGGAUUUUAAUAUUCUGGCCACCAUAGUCCAUGCAUUGGUAACUGGAUUACUGUAAUGAACAGUCAGACAGGCAAUGAGGUGGUGGACACGCAUGCAAGUGGUGAGCUUGGUGACUGAGCAUGGACUUUAUCCAAAAAAUUAAAGCAAUACUGCAUGUACGGGAGUGGGCGGGAGGCAGGUGUGAUAAAUAUGUCAGUGAUAUAUCCAUUGUAUGAUUGCCAAUCCUGCCUUUUUAAAAUAGGAUUUUAAUUAUUUAUUGGUUAAUUUAUCCUUUGGAACAAAGGGUAGCAGUAAUAAUAUUUUUACUAAUCUUCUAAAUGUUUACUCAUAAUUGGUAGAAGAUUGAUUCAUGAAGCAGCAUCUAAUACCCCCAAAAUGUUUAGGUUUUCCACACCAGACAGCUGAAGGGCUUUUUUCUCCUUUACAUUUUUGGGUCUUGCAUCCCUUUGUUUUUCUAUUACUGUACUACCCAAGACUCCCUCUGUUCCUUUAUCUCUCCGUCUUUCAACUUGUUUUCUUUAUUUCCCAUGCCUGCGUUCCUGCCUUGUGCUAUAAUCUUACUUAUUUAUUGACCAGCCAUUCCAUUUUCUGCUCAUGAAUCCACACUCCUUUCCACUUUCAGCUGCUCCUCGGACCAACUACUUCUUUCUUCCCUAGGUCACUAUAAAGUCAACACUUCUGUAUCCCUUUGAUAUCAGUUAACCUUUCCCUUGCACUAUUCUUACUGCUGCUUGGUUAAAUUAUCAUUCAUGUUGUAAUGUAGAAGCUGCCUUAUAUUGACCACUUUCAGACAUCACAUUAAACUUUGGUAUAUCACGAGAAUAAGCCUAAGCAGAGAGGACUUUAGACAGUUUUGAUUUCAUUUUUUAUUAACUGCAGCUUGAGGUGACAUACCAAUCUGACAAACUCUAGUUAAUCUUAACUACCUGUGGUUGGAAAGUAAUUUAUUUUAAAAAAUCAUAGUUAAGAUUAACUGUAGUUUUUCAGGUUCAGGCAACACAGACUGUUAUUACAAAAAAUUAGUGACUAUUUCAGAGGAUUUAGGGACACGCAAACCUAAGGCUCACCUAGACUCAUUCUCAUUAUGAUAAAGGAUUGUUUCUUGUGUCAUCCAAAUGCAGCAACUGUUUGUUCAUCUUAUCCUAUAUUGUUCAGUCUAACUGGCAAAAGCUUUCUGGUACUUAAAAUAAGAGUCUUUCCCAGCCUAAAAUAUUUUCAUUACAGAUGCCAACAACUGGACCUGAAACCUGCAUGCAAAGGGUGCUCCACUACUGAGCUUAGCCUGAGGUCAUAUGGUUAGAGCAAGUCUUCAUGCUUUUUAUUGUUGAGCUUUAGGUUAUUUUUGGUCUAGUGCACCCAUAUUUCAUUUACUUGGAAGUAAGUACUGAUUUCAACGGGACUUGAUUUCAGGUAAACAUGUAUAGAAUUGAACAAAUAAAAGCAUUAAGUGCCUUGUCUAAUAUUUACUUUGUUUUAUAAAUUUAUAUGCCCCCUCUUUAAAAUUUUAUUUUAUUUAUUGUAGUAAUAAUAAAAUAACACAAGCAAGCAGUAAAUACCAAGAUGAUACAACACCAAAUCUAAAAACAGGGCGGCAGCAGACAAAAACAAUCCAAGCAAAAAUUCCAGCUCUAAAAGCAACCUCAAAAACAUAGUAGGUUAUAUCCAGUUGAUGCUGUUGUCCAAGCACAAGGGCUUUUGAUCCAGCAGGAGCAAUCCUCCUGAGUCAAAGCCAUAUUAACACUUCAUAUAAAACACCAGUACCAGAAUUGUACUUGGAAGCACAUGGGAAUUUAGUGAGCCUGCUUAAAAAUUUGUGUCAUAUGGUUCACAUAAUGGUCCUAACUGAUGCUUUCCCCAUGGGAGAACUAUUUUCUCAUUGGAGAUGCAUCUUAUCACUGACAUUGCUGACUUUUUGUAGAUUGGUGAAGACACUUCUCUUUGACUAGGACUUUGGGAGGGCUUGAGAAUUAGUCAUCCAGCAUCAAGCUGGAGUUCCUCAGUUUGGAUAUAAUGGGGAAUUCUGGCUUAAUACAAGCCAGGGUCAUCACAUCAAAGCUGGUGUGCAACGAAGGGAGGAAUAUUCAGCUCAGCUGCAAUUCUUAUCCAGACUGGGCCUUUGUGGCUAUUAGGAUCAGCUGUGUUCCCAACUGAGCCUUUUAUCUGCACAAAACUUGCUAGCCCUACCUACAUAGGGGGGUAGUUUGUGUAGCAACAACCUGAGGUGAGAACCAUGCUCAAUGGGCUUUCUCUGUAGGUGUUUCAUAGUUAGAUAUCUCAUAUCUGAUAACUUGGAGCAAGAUGUGCUUAGGCAGCUAGAGUUAGGCUAGAGCUCCUGUUUUCUACCUGGUUUUAAGCAUCUUUCUCAUUUAGGGGUAGAGUAGAAACACAUGUAAACAAGCACUGAUUUGAAGCUAAUAAGUUCAUUCUUUUUCUAGGUUACUGCUAAAAAUGUCUUUUCCGCCUCACUUGAAUCGCCCUCCUAUGGGUAUCCCAACACUUCCACCUGGGAUUCCACCUCCACAAUUUCCAGGUUUUCCUCCACCUGUACCUCCUGGUAAGUUUUCUAUCAGAAGCUUGUCUGAUAAACCUCAUUCUUCUAUAUUGGUCAGCAAUAUCUUAACAUUUUAGGUUGGUGUUUAGUUUUUCUUUGUGACAUGUGAACAAAAUAAUCCUGCAGCUUCUAUACUUCCUGAGAGCACUUAACAGUUCUGUUCCGCCUAUUUAAUACCGGAUUUGAAAAUAUAUAUAUCGUUUUUUGGUAGCUCUUGCUCAGAGACUAUUAAUGCAACCUCUUAUUUCACAGGGACACCGAUGAUUCCUGUGCCAAUGGGUAUUAUGGCUCCUGCACCGACUGUAAGUAUCGCAUAAGCCACUGUUCACUGUAAAUAUCUUUUUCAUUUAAAUGAUAACUUUAUAAAAAAGCAUUAAAAUAAAUAACAAUAAAGACACAAUUAGCAGCAUCAAAUAUUAAAACACAGCAUAGUUGUGUUCAUCUUCUGCCUACUGUAUAUGUAACACUGUACUGAUCCCAUAUCAUAGUUAGCAAAUUGGGAACCAUUCCCAUGAACACAUGACCCACCCUCCUCCAAAACAAAGUCCUACCUCCUUUUGCUUUUUGGCUUUAACCGUGUUUAAUCAUUGGAUCUGCACUGACCCUAACUAUGGUUGGGGUGACGUCUUUGAAGUUGAAAAGAAUGCGCAUGAAAAAUUGCAAGGCUGUAACAGUGUAACACAUUUAAAUACAAGGUUCCUGACUUAAAUGUUAUUUCCUGUGUGCUUUUAUUCAUAAAGCACGUGUAUUGCAAUUUGUGAAGUAGAAUCGACUCAAAGGAACUGUAUGAAAUUUCCUUUGCAGGCUAAUCUGUUCAGGCAAAAAUAAUUAAUGCUAAGUUCCUGCUUGGUACCUUAGGAACAGUGCUUUUUAAACUAACUAAUUGUUGCAGUGGGAAAAAAAUCACAAGAGGUAUUUGUUCCUUAUUUUUCAGGUUCUGGUCCCAACUACCGUGUCAAUGGUUGGAAAACAUAUGGGAGUUAGAAAGGAACAUCCAGGUCUAAAGAACAAGGAAAAUGAUGAAAACAGCGGUCCCACUACUACUGUUUUCGUAGGCAACAUAUCUGAAAAGGCUUCAGACAUGCUUAUACGACAGCUUCUUGCCGUAAGUGGAAUUGCCUUUUAGAAAGCAGCCUUGCAUUGUGUUGAUUAGAGAUUUUAGUGUUGCUUAAUUUUUCAUUGAUUUCAUUGACUUUUUGUAUUCUUUAAAAUGUUAGCUAAAUUCUUUCAUGUUAAGUGUUCCAUAUGCAUGCAGGGCUUUUUAGCUCACCUCUUCCCCAUAGCUCUGGAAAGUCCACCCUCAAGAUCAGGGCCCUCCAGACCAUAUCUCAUGACACAUGAGGGGCUGCCCUACAAAGAUAAAUAAUCUACCCCCAAUAGACAUGCAAAAAAAUUCCUGCAUUGCAGGGGGUUGGACUAAUGACCCUCAUGGUCCCUUCCGACUCUACAAUUCGAUGAUGAUGGUGGUGGUGGUGGUGGUGAUGAUGAUGAUAUUUAUACUUCACCCAUCUGGCUGGGUUUCCCCAGCCACUGUGGGCGGCUUACAGCAUAUAAAAAAUUGUUGAAACAUCAGACAUUUAAAAUUUCCCAAUACAGGGCUGCCUGAAUCUAUGAAAUGCUAGAUUAUUGCUACAUAUUAUUUCAGCCCUGAAGCUAAGUACAAAUUUACUAACUUACCAAUCUGUUUGCAUUGUGUUAGGAUAGUCAGUGGUGGGUUGAUGUAGUUUAGGCUGUUACCAAACUAAACUCUUGGAGUAGCUCUUUUCAUGGAAAAUAAGGCUAGGUUAUGCCUUCACUAGCAGUAUGUCAAGGGUAACACAAGCUGGGAGAGGUACAGUUGCUCUCAGGUCCUUCUUGAAGAUUUCCCAUAGGCAGCUGGUUCACCACUGUGAGAACAGGAUCCUGGACUAGAUGGGUCAAUGGCCUGAUCCAGGAUGGCUGGCCUUAUGUUCUUUAGUGGAGAACACUAAAACAUAUACAUUAAAUCAGAAACUGAAAUAGCAAAUACAGUCCAUAACAAUAAUAACAAUAAAAAUCAAAUAUGAGCUACAAAUGAAUUUCAAAAUUAAAACCAGAUUCCUAUCUAGUGGGUUACAAUGGCACAAUUAAAAAACUUAAAUCAGAUUGGAUUUGAAGGGCAAAUAUCCAGGAAAGAAUAGGUUUUCAUUGUGUAAAGUUUAAAAGAUAUUUCUGUCUAGGAAAAAAGUUCCAUAGCUGGGGCACCACUACUGAAAAGACCAUAUCUAAUUGCUAUGCCUCAGAUAAUAGGAGCAGAUGUAACAGGGCCUUAUUGCAAAGACUUCAGUCAAGGAAAUGGGUAUUUGGAAGGAGAUGGCAGACCUUCAACUCACCAGGGUUGUAGAUUAGGGUUUUAAACAUGGCAGCCUUUAGAAUCAUAGAAUUGUAGAGUUGGAAGGAACCCUAAGGAUCAUCUAGUCUAACCCUCUGCAAUGCAGGAAUAUGCAGCUGUCCCAUACAGGGAUCGAACCUGCAACCUUGGUGUUAGCAACACCAUGACCUAACCAACCAAGUGAUCAUAAAUUCUCAUAAAUUCUUAUGAUUUAUGAUUUAGGGUUUUAAGAAAUUAUAAGUGAGAUCCAAUUCUGGCAACCCAUUUGCAGAAUGAGACUUUGAUUUUGAUUUUUCCCUUUCCAGCCACAUGCAAACCCCAGAAUUUGCUCUGGUGUGUCGCCUAAUUCUCCAGAUUUUGGUAGUGCAAGUCCCAAUGUACGAUCGUGCUUUAUAAGAUGCAACCCUAUCAAUAUAUAGAAGUACAGUAUUUUAAACCAGGUUGUUUUUAAAGAGACACUUUAUAAAUAGGGAAGUGGUAACUUGAAAUUUUGUUUAGUAUUUUUAAAAAUCUGGUUAUUUUUCCUCUCCUUUUAAAAAAUAAUCAAACCCACUGAGAGAUAAUAGAGGAUAUGUUUUAAGACAAACCUUUAUGUACAAGGAGUAAGGAGCUGUCUGUGGAGGUGAUAGAAGAGGUUAAAUGAUGAUUAGCAAGGUUGUGAUAAUAAAAUACUAGACACCACCACAAUUAUUAGGUGUGCUAAUUUCUUUUAGGAUGUCUUCUCAACUGACACAAAAUUCAUUGAGAACUUUCAAGAGUGAGAGAAGUUUUCUGAGUAGCAAAAAAUAAAAAUAAAAAUCAAUUGCCUCAAUAAACAUUAUGUUAAAAAUAUUUUACAGAAGUGUGGCUUGGUUUUGAGUUGGAAGAGAGUUCAAGGAGCAUCUGGAAAACUUCAAGGUAUAUAUACUUUUUUCCUUUUCUUUUCCCUCUAAUAGCUAUGAGGAUAUACACAAGCUUGGUUAAAUUUCUGAAGUGCCCACGCUUCAGUAGCAAGGGCUUAAUUUUAUUUUUCCUCUGAGCUAUUCUGUGAGUCAAUAAGAGUAUCGGAUGGAACACAAGUUGUGCCUUCCACUGCAGAUCAGUGGUGAUCUGGGCACUUGAUCUGGCACUGCUUGCUGCCCAACUGUACUGUACCAACAUAGCACUGAGAAUUAAUGCUGCCAUGCUAACCAGCUUCCCCUACUACUGAAGAGUGGAUUGUAACUUUGUGCAGCCAGUUAAAUGUUGCAGCAACCUAGUAUUUUUGAAAAACGAGUAACUGACCAUAAUGGGAUUUCAGAUGAAAGGCAGCAUCACAGGAUGGGUGUAGCCUUACCCUCUGAAUUGCAGUUGCUUGGGUUUAUGGGAUUGGGCUGAAGAUUUUUUAAGGCAUUUAAAAAUGUGUUUUAACUGAGGUCCUGCCAUAUAUUUGGUGUAAUCAUAAAACAAAUAGUUGACAUUAAAGGCAAUUGGGUGUGGGUGUGGGUGUUGCUCUCAUGUGCAUAUAUAAUUUUUAAAAUUUGCUUUUAUAAAUCUCAAUUAUUCAUCCCCUAGCCUUUGGGUUCUGCGAGUAUAAAGAACCAGAAUCCACACUACGUGCGCUCAGGCUACUACACGAUCUCCAAAUUGGAGAAAAGAAACUACUUGUGAAAGUUGAUGCCAAGACGAAGGCUCAGCUAGAUGAAUGGAAAGCGAAGAAAAGGGCUUCCAAUGGGGUAUGUUGUGUGUAACUAUGCUAAACUGGGACAGGAAACAAUUGAAUUACAAAUAAAUUGGAUUGGCAUUAAGUGCUCUUAGUUCUUUUACCUGAUUUGCUUAUUCUCUGUUGCAAUUUAACCUGCUAUGCUGACUUUAUUACACCUUUUCUGCAGAUGACUGUUGCACUGUUCUUUUGUUUAAUUUUCAUGAUCAGAAUUUGAGUGUAAACUUCAAAUCCCCAACAAACUGCAUUUUCUGCUUGAGAAACUGGAUUAUAAAACUUUGGCUGACAGCAGAAGGUUAAGGGAUGAGCAGCUGGAGUCUCUCAGAUCAAACCCAACCAUUUUCAGGAGGAAACCAGAUGCCCUGCUCUCUGCUAGACUUGCUGAUCCAGAGUAGAGUCUGCCAACUCCAAAAUUUAAAAAAUCUGAUUCCAGCUGGGUAUGACCAGCAUGAAAAGCUUUGCUUAACAUGCAAAGUUUUACAUGUGCUUGCAUGUCCUCUGCCAACAAGCACUGUGCCCAUAUACGUUCUCAGGCCACCAUAGUUCAACAUAACCAUUUAAGUGAUAGCUUCAUAACAAGCACAAGCAGGUGAACCUAGCCACAAACUGCAUGUCAAAUCACAUUUGUAAACACCCUCACAAUUAAGUACAGUGGUACCUCAGGUUAAGUACUUAAUUCGUUCCGGAGGUCCGUACUUAACCUGAAACUGUUCUUAACCUGAAGCACCACUUUAGCUAAUGGGGCCUCCCACUGCCGCCGCGCCGCCGGAGCCCGAUUUCUGUAAUUAUCCUGAUGCAAAGUUCUUAACCUGAAGCACUAUUUCUGGGUUAGCGGAGUGUGUAACCUGAAGCGUAUGUAACCUGAAGCGUAUGUAACCCGAGGUACCACUGUAUUUAGAAGAGAAAAUAGUAAGAUUGGAAGAAGUAAGGCAUAUAAUAGUCCCAAGAACAGUCAGCCCCUGGCUAAGAUGCAAAACAUAAGGAAAUCAAUCUAGAAAGUGAGUCAUUUCACACAGGUGCACUAUUAUCAAAAAUUUCAAAUAAGUUCACAAGUUGCAAGUCCUUGAAUUUUUUUACAGACUUGCCUAUCAACACGUGAAUUCACAAAUCACUUUAAAAAAUGUAUCUAAUAAUAAGCUAUCUGCUAAUAAUACAGUGUUAAAGGGUCUAAACCACUGAGCCUCUUGGGCUUUCCGAUCGGAAGGUUGGCAGUUUAGAUCCAUGCAAGAAAGUAGAUGCUAGUGCAAGUAGAUAAGUACUGUGGUGGUAGGAAGGUAAACAGCGUUUCCAUGCGCUCUGGUUUCCGUCACGGUGUUCUGUUGUGCCACAAGCGGUUUAGUCAUGCUGGCCACAUGACCCAGAAAGCUGCUUGUGGACAAAUGCUGGCUCCCUUGGCCUGAAGCAAGAUGAGCGCCGCCCCCCGUAGUUGUCUUUGACUGGACUUAACCGUUAUGGGGUCAUUUACCUUACCUUACCUAAUAAUACAGCUUUUCUGGAAUGAUAAUGUUAGAGAAAAACACAAAAUAUUUAGAAUUUUUUAUCUUGAUUUAAGUCUAUGGCCAAGGCUCAGCCAAAGAAGAUGUGAAAUAUAGUGCAUUUUCUUACUUGUAGUAACGUAAGCAAUCUUGCAUAGCUUACAGUGUUGCUGUACUCUAGCAGCUUCAGCAGGCUCCUAGUUAGGAGUACAUGCCUCACCAUUCACUAUAAUUUGUCCUUGGGGCAAGGAAGGGAUAAAUAAAGACCAGAGCAAAACACAGCCAAUCCGCUCACUGAAACAUCUUAAAAAGUGUUUUAAUGCAUUAUUAACUUUUUGCUACGUUUGUGUGAUAAAGUAGUUAAAAGCUUUUAAUGAGUUAAAUUUAGUUACCCAUGUGCCAUAGAAAGGGGUUCAGGGUUUACCCUUUUGAUACACAGCCUGUGAAGUAGGAGUAUUUUAGUACAGUGCUACCUCGUGUUAUGUACCGUGCCCCUUAUGAAUGCUGCGGGUUAUGCGCUCCGCUAUCCCGGAAGUAGAUGCCCCUUGUUGCAACCUUUGCCCCAGGAUGCGAGUGAAGUCGUGCUCUGGUGGUGCGGCAGCAGCAGGAGGCGCCAGUAGCGAAAGCGCGCCUCAUGUUAAGAGUGGUUUCCUGUUACAAACAGACCUCCGGAACGGAUUAAGUACGUAACACGAGGUACCACUGUAUUUAUUUCACAUAAGCAGGCAAGAAAGCUCCAUAAAUUCCUGCUGUCUUAAAAUAUGGAGAAACUAAAUAAGGCAGAUAUCUGGCUCUACUUAACUUCCAUCCCUGACUAAUACUGUUACCCCCUUAAUUUCUUUUACUACCACCUAAGUGGCACUACCUAUUAGGUCAUUUCAGGCUGUUCCUCCUUGACAUUGCAGCUUCUGCACCAGCUGAAAUCCCCUCCUGCCCCUACUUCUUAGCUACUGCUUCUCCAUAAGCCUGUCUCUUUCCUAUUCACUCUUUAUCCACUUGGCAUUUGACUGGACAUCCAUCUCUUAUUCUCAGGUGAGAUUCCCAUCCCCUCUUUUUAAGGCAAGAAUUUAUUAUUUAAGUUUAAUUCAAGUGUAUGAAAAAGGGGGGGACAUGAUAGGACAUUGCCUGGUUUUUUCCACUGCCCCUCAGUAGCAACAGCAGUGACAAAUGUUUGAUGGGAUGGAAGAUAAAAAAAUAAAUGUAAUAUGCACAUUCUUUUUCUGUAUUUAGGUUUUCCUUGCAGCCAGGCUGUAGGCUGAGAAUGGCCUAGAGCAAGUUGAAGUCACUUGGCCUCAGGUCAUUCAUACUUCCAUGUGCAGAUGAGAAUUUAUCUAUUUACUAUUUGUAAGGAGGAAAGUGGGGAUUUUCAUUUCUUACUGUAUUUGAUUCUGUGAUUUAUUUAUUUUUAGAUUGAAUUGUUGUGAGCCCCUUUGAGCCUUCUGAGAGGCAAGCUAUAAGCCUUUAAAUAUAUAAUCAUUAAAGUUUUGUAGGCAACUGUGUAUAUAUUAAUGUUUUUAUUAAUAGUUUAAGGUCUAUGUUACAUUCAUCUUUCAUGGAAAAUUGAAAUUCAGCAAUUCUAGGUGGGAGUGACAGUCUACAGAUAUGUAUGUUAAAGCAUUUUACACACAUGUAUUGUCAUUGUGCAAUAUGACCACUUACAUGCAAAAGUCUGUUUUAUACUGCAGACAAACUUUGUGUAUAAGUUUGGUAAUGUGUGACCCAAAGGGUAGGUUGGUACGUUGUUGCCUUGUAUGUGUUCUUCGCUUUGUUGAACAGCAUUCUUAAUCCUGAGGAACAGAAUAUUUCUAUAACUGCUGACAUAGCGUAUUAAUUUGAAACCUGCACUGUAUUAUGUUGUACUUGUUGCAUAAAAAUAUCACAUGAAUCCACACUAAAUAUUUUUAUUUCUUCAGAGAGCACACAUUGUAGUGUAGCAUUCUCUUUAAAGUUUGUGCCAGGCUUCAACAAAUUCAUUUGCCCUCUGUCAUGUGUGAUGAGCGGCAAGCAUUAUUCUCAGCUUGAAAGGUACAUCUGAGCAGUAGAAUGGUGGUUCCUGCCACCGCCCCAGCUUCAAAAUUGGGAGGAAGGCGGUAUGGCAGAGGAACCAAAAGAGACUUAGCUUUAAAGGAUUGGCAGGCACGGGAAGUGUUGGCUCUUGCUACCUAAAUGCAUCUUAUGCACCUUUGUGCAGCACCCAAGAGUGCACGCUUCUCUCAGCACCCAAGAGUGCACGCUUCUCUCUUCACCCCGGGUACCACUUCCCAGAAAUGCACAGAGGACCUUCCUGCAGCAAGGGCCAAGCACUUCUCAGCUGGUCUUUUCUGAAGGCAGUGCUGUGUGUGUAACCACUCUGCAGCUUUGUCAGCUGGUUGGUUUUGUACAAAACAAAACAAGCAGUGCUUUAGUCAUUAAUUUAGCUUUGUCUUCCAACAAUGAAAAUAAGUGGUAGAGUGCUAGGAAGGCCUUUUGUCUUGAGAAAAUGAUGGGGAUAUAUGUGAACUUUCUGGGUUUGCCAAUUGAAAAAUUCUGUGUAUCACUCUUGUGAGGACUAAGGCUGGGCAAUGUAUUGAUAUAUCAUCCAAAACUGGUUGAAGUGCAUAUUAUUACAAUGGUUUCAUAAUUUUUCACCUGGCAGUAUACAUGUAAUAGACCUAUCUAGUUCAUAUGAAGUAAACAUUUUGGAUGCCGUUCUGCUAUGUCCCAUAUGCUUGACUUCAAGAUUUGUGUUAUUCUUUAGAACACCAGGCCAGAAACUACAACUGAUGAUGACGAAGCCCUCGAUGAAGAAGCAAAGAGAAGAGACCAGCUAAUUAAAGGGGCCAUUGAAGUGUUAAUACGGGAAUAUUCCAGCGAGCUCAAUGCCCCCUCCCAAGAGUCUGACUCUCAUCCCAGGAAGAAGAAAAAAGAAAAGAAGGAGGAUGUAUGUGUUUUGAUUUUGGACACAAACAGAUUUACUUCAUCUCCCUACAUAAGGGCCAAACCCUGUGCCAAUACAUUAGCUCAAAGCAUCUGAUGAGAACACAAAUCAACAAACCUUGAUGUUAGCAGAAGUUAUCAUGUUUCAUACUGAAAUUAAAUCAGUUCUAGAUGCCAAACCCUGUGGAUGUUGUAGGUCUGUGAACACAAAGGUCACAAAUGCCUAGACUUCUUGGAGCUACAGGUUUGAAUCUCAGCAGGUUUGAUUCAGCCUUUCAUCCCUUCUAAAAUACAUGUAUUGAAGUAAUUGCAAAAUGUUUUUUUGAGAUGGGGAGAUGAUUUUAAGACCCUAAAAGAGAUUCUGCCUGUAAUGUUUGACAUCUUAAAUGCCCUAAGUCACUGGGUCAUAGAGGUUUGCACUGGUGUUAUAGCCACAACUCCGCUGAUUGGCAGCCCUUCUUCACUGUCCUGAUUUAAUUAUGUUUGUGCACAUAGCUAAGAAGCUCUUUCUUAUCCUUGAGGGAUGAAAGCCAUGAUGUUACAAAAUGGUUUGUUAAUAUUUGGCUGUUGGGCCAGGUGACGUCCAUACUUUUUCAGUGUAACAUUUGACCCAAAAUGCUAUAAUCCCCCUUCUGUGGAUAACCCUGCUAAUGAUUAUACUAAUUUUUGCUUUCCUCUGGGGGGAAAGGGUACAGCUUAGUAGUAAUUAUGCCAGCCUUGAAAAUGCGUCAUGAUUGUUUCAAUGAUGGGCUCUUAAUACCUGCCACUCAUAGCAAGAGAUGGGGGUGAAUUUUGGUUUCUUUCUGCAGCCUUUCUUACUAAGCUUAACUUUCUCCCUUAUGUUGUGCUGAUAGCAAGCAAUAAGAUAGCUUGGGCUGCUGGCAAAGUGUAUGAAAAGGCAGUGCAAGAAAUAAUGCUUCUCACUCAGGGAGUGAGUGCACCUCCCACUGUUCUUUAGCCUCCACUUAACUUAAUCUUGCACUGAUUUUUUUGCAUUCUGCACUUAUUUAUAGGCAAGCCAUGUCUCUCUCUUUAAAAGUUAUUAUCCAUGCUAUGGAUUGUGUUAUGUAUAUUAUCAAGAAUAUAAUGGUAUCGAGAGACAUAAUGGUAUUGAGAGGUUACUUUUUAGAAGCCCAUAUUAAAAGAACUGAAUAUUGAUCUUCCUCCUUUAAUAACUGCUAGUUUUAGGGUGACCUGUAGCCACACCUUGCUGAUGUAGCUGGGUUUUAAAUUUAGUGUGGUCUAUCAGAACAAUGAAACAUUUAACUGUGUCCUUGUCUUCCUGCCCCUUGAAAUAGUGGAAGUGCAUCUUUAUUUUGUAAGGAUGAACGUGGGACACGAGCAUGACUUCUCAUCCCCUUAUCUGUUGGGAAGUGUGGGACUAAGAAAGCUCUGUGCAUGGUGGGGGGAGGGAAGUAUAUAAAAUUGUGGUGGGUGCCGUGUAAAGCUGAUUUUGAGGCACUGUUAUCCCCUUUAUUGAAUGCUUAUAAUUGUGACUGGUUCCCUUGCCCAUUCUGUUUGUUGAAAAGAUGAGGGAUAAUGUGGGGAAAUUGAGAGUGCGGGGAAAAGAAAUGGCAAGUGAAAUCUGACUCUUGAUUUCAGAUGUGGGGAACCUCGCUAAUUUGCAGUAACUGUUGGCAACCCGCCCCUUGAUAUAAUUACAAUUUUGCGAAUUAGCGAGUAAGAAACAAAACAAGGCUUAUAAUAGUACCACAAAAGGCCACUUUUAACAAGCGUAGCUUAGCUUGCAAGAUUUCCUAGAAUGCUAAUGUUCUGCAAUUUUAAAUGGAGACAUGCCAGGGUGAGGUGGCACCCAGCAAACCUUUGCCGAGAAGUAGAUCAGUAAACGGAGAAUUAGCGAGGUUCUUCUGUAACUUUGUUGAGUCAGACCUACGGUCACAGCAAUGCAAUAUUGCUUAUUCUGCAAACAUACAGAACAUUGUUUUUUUUCCAGAGUAGUGUGCAAUCUAUUUUUUAAAAAAGAAAUCUCCGUGGAUUUUUCCGCAGAUUUUCCGCAGAUUUCCAGUGGCCCCACUGAUACCCUAUCCACUCAUCACCAAGGUUCGUUUACAUUGUAGGCUUUGACAAUGACUAUGUUUACUGCUAGUUACCAGAUUUGUGACUCGUGUCCAUCUAAUUUUUUUUUCAUUCAUUUAACAUCAGACUGUGAGGUUUGGUACUGCAGAAGGCCUUUAUUUAUCUCUUACAAGACUGGUACAAAACAUCUAACCUUCAGCUUUUCUUUUGGUUCUCCUGUUUCUGUGCAGAUGGGUUUUAAUAUUCUGUCUCCUGUUCUGCCCCCCUUUCUCUCUUACAGGAGGAUAUAAAUGCUAUUGAAAUGGAAGAAGAUAAAAGGGACCUGAUAUCCCGAGAGAUCAGUAAAUUCAGAGAUACGCACAAGGUAGUAUACUUGUUUUUGUACCUUAUAUAAAAUUAGGUUUUUGCAAAAUCCAGUUUCCCUCCCCCUUUAGAAAAUUUAAAAGCACAUGACCAUAUCACAUAUAGUAGGCAUAAUGUGUGUCUAAAAAGCCACUAAGGACAAAAUCUCACUUAAAUCGUCGUAUUUUGUCCUUUUUAUUUUCUAAUGACUACCUUGCAGUCUCCUCAGUGUGAAUACAUUAAAAAAUCUAAACACUUCUACCCCACUUUUCUUAAAAUUAACCCAAAGCAGCUAAAACCAUUUACAUAAGACCCAAUAAUUAGUCUGGGCUGCUGCGUAAAACAUUCUGGCCCCCACAACAUUCAAGCAGUUGUAAGACAUAAUUCAAACUCUGUUUUACUGAGCUCUACUGCUUAAUUUAAACUUGAGAUUUAAUUUAAUAGCUCUGAGUUGAGAAUGGGGGUGAAAUUAAAUUAGGUUAGUGGUUAUCAGACUUUACCAAAAUUUAGAUGCAUGGAAGAACUGUAAAUUCCCAUUAAGCUAAUCUAUUCAUUGACCCCCACCAUUAUGAUAGAGAUCAUAUGGUGACUAAUGCAAGAUGAAAAACACAGCUUGGAAAGUAACAUGGAAUAGGAUGUAAGUAUGAGCUUCUGUUUUUUUUAUUAUUUAUGGAUGCCCCCUCAGAAAAAUAUGCAAAGGGGUAACUGGCUUGGAAAUGUGUUUACACAGCAAAUCCUACCUCAGGGUUCCCACCUACAGAAGUUUCUGUAAUGUGAAUUUGUGAAUGUGUUCCGGUUGGGAAGGGUGGUUUAAGGGGGGGGGGUUGAAAUUCAAGCUAUGCAUGCACUGUCUCUUGAUGUUAGCUUCUAAGGGAAUAUGAACUGCCCACCAAGGCUGGAGUACUGCACGCUCAGUGAAGUAUUUAUCCCUGAAAUGAGUGCUUGUAGUUUGCUAAUAUUGGUGCAAUGGUGUGAAUUUACAAAACGGGUAAAAAGUACUCUGGUUACAGGAUCACACUUACUUUAAAGCAAAAAUGGAUGUACAUUGCUGGCAAUGCAACAUAUUGUAGUAUAACUUUGGAAUGAGAACCUGAGGAUAAUUGUUCCAGAAGAUGUAUGAAACUGUUCAGUGGUGAAACAUCGUCUUAUUUCCAAGCCCCAACAUACCUCUGAAAUGUAAAGAAAUAAUGUGGUUAAAACAAAAUCAAAAUAUGCUUCACUGUUUCAGAAGCAAUCGGGCAUUUUGCUGCCUUUGAUCUAUCCUAUUGGGGGAAUAUUUUGAAUUAACCUUUUCUAAUAGAUGGAACUAAAUCUAAUACCAAAUGGCCAUUUCAUAUAUUGGGUGGGAUGUUCAAAAAGGGGCUGGCUAAUGAGCACAGUGAACCUUUGCAUGUUUUUUGGUUAGAAUUUACAAACAAUCGGACUGUUAGGGUAUCAGCAUUGCAGGGGGUGUCCAUUUACAGCACAGAUGAGUCUGAAGAGAACCGAAGGUAAGAUUUUACGUUUUUUUUUCUACCUACCUUCUUUGCUCAUUACUUUAUUAGCAUAUCCUGAAUCCUUUUCACCCCUCAUUUCCUAUAAAACAUCCUUUUGUUCACUUGGAAGCAGCCUAUUACUUAAAUUUUCAAUAUGAAGCAGCAGUGCUGAUUUGGCUUUUAAGAAAAGAGAAGCUUGAAAUAAAAGCCUUUAAGAUGCCAAAAGUCAAUGCAAAUUUUUAUCAUGGCUUUUACUACAAAAGAAAUUUUUGCGGGGGAAUCCCGGAACUUAACCAAAGACAUUCUUAUUGGAACAACUAAAAUAAUCUGUAAGUAUCGAUCAUUUCAGUAUAUAAACUUUUCUAUAAAAGUAUACGAAAUUUGAGGUAAGUUCUGCUUUUGAAAGUUAAUAUAGCUAGCAUAACCUUAAUACACUAAAUGAAAUUAUAUUGUAUGAGAGCAUUUCACUCAGAAAGUAGGUUGCCACAUUCUGUACACUUUCACCUUUUCCUCCUCCAUUAUGGCUGUUCUCUACCAUUCUCAAAUACCCUUUUCUUUUGUGAGUUCAAUGUAUCUAACACCAUCCUCCCUAUAUUUCACUUUUGGUGCCAUUUAGUGUGGUGGUUAGAUAUAUUGACCUUUUGUUUAUUAGUUUUAUUACUGUGACUUUGUUUUGGUUCUCUGGUCCAUGAGCGCACACGAGAAGACUGUCUGACAGGUAAGAUUGUUUUUAAAGUUGUCUUAAAUUCUUUGUUGAAAGAGAGAAAUAUAUGCGCACUUUAUUGUUCCAGUUUAUAAAUUAUUUCAGCGGUGGUAAACACGGUGCCAAAUGGGGCGAUUUUGCUCUUCCCCCUUGCAUCAACUGCAUACAACAUAUUUAGGGUGUAAUCCUUCCUCACUCAUGCUGCACCCAUGCACAGACGGAUCCUGUAAGGAAUAAUGGUGCUCUGUUACUUUCUCCUUAGCAUACAUGCAGGCAAUGAACCAGGCCACUGCUGAAAAUAAGAGGCUUGUGCACUUCUCUUACACCCUCCUCCUCUUGCCACUUGGUGAAGGAACGGCUCAUGCUUCUUCCACCAAGUGACAAGAGGGGGCUGAGUAGCGAUGCAAGAGCCUCUUAUUGGCUGAAAUGGUAUGGUGCACUGAUUGCGCAUGUGUGCUAAGGAGAGGAGGCGUGAGAAAUGGGCUCUGUUAAGCCCUACGUUGAUCUCUUCAGGCACAACACUUGGAUGUGGAAGGAUCAUGCCCUUAAUAUUUUGGCACCCAUCAGGCUGAUAUUUGGCUUAUGUUUUUUUUCCUUCCUUUUUUUGGUUUACUUGUGAACCAUGUACUUGCUCUUCCUCCCAGAAAUAUAGCUUGUAGGCAAGGUUAAUCCAGUGUUGGCGGUCCAUGUCCUAGCACAGCAUCUGUAAGUUAACACACACCAAUUGCUUCCAAGGAUGGAUUUAUCUAUCAUUUUAAUGAGAUUUUAUUUUUCUAUUGUCUUCAUGGGAGUUUUGGUAAUAGGCAUGACUUUUUGAAUUUUAAAAAUGCACUUUUGUAUAGAAUUCAGUAAAAAUGUACUGUAUAACCUUUUAGUCUUGUCUAUGUGCGAUUUCCAACCUUCUUGAGGAUCCUGUUCUUUAGAAACCAUUACUUUAAGCAGUGAAUGCAAAAAAAUAUAAAAAGUUGGGGAGAAUAAAGUGAUUGGUAAGAUGUAUCCUUCCAAACAUUUCAAGUAACAUACACAGUUGAAGUUGAUUUUACUUCCCAUCCUUGCAUAGAAUGAAUUUGGUUUGGCUGUGGUAUGAGGUAAUCUUGUCUGUCAGCAUCCUACUAAAUGAUCUGCCUACAUGGGCAGGAUUAACUUUGCCAGCUAAAAAUUCAUCUGUGUUCAAGCUCUUUUCUAUCUUUUGUGGCUCGGGAGUUUUCUGUGAACUAUUGAUGGCAAUGCACUAUGUAAUUGUCAGCAUAUGCAUAUAUGAGGUGAGCAUUGCCCUUCUUUCCAAGGUUGGAGAUUGCCAGUCUAUGUUAGAUAUAUGCUUUUUGCACGAAAUCUAGCCUUACGAUUGCAGAACUUUUUUUCUUAUGAGCUGACAGUAAGCUGUUAAAUAUUUAAAUGUUAAAUUAUUGGUGUUCUUGACAUGCUCACUACCAGCCUUGGGUGUUGUGCGUGGUGGUGGGGUGGGGCCUCCGACUAUAGCUACAUGCUAACUUUGAAAAUCCUCUUGGUUUCUAGAAAUUGGAGGAGGAAAAAGGCAAAAAGGAGAAAGAGAGACAAGAAAUUGAAAAAGAACGGCGUGAAAGAGAGAGGGAGCGGGAGCGUGAAAGAGAAAGAAGGGAGCGUGAAAGAGAGAGGGAGAGAGAGCGUGAAAGAGAGAAGGAAAAGGAACGGGAGCGUGAACGAGAACGGGAUAGAGAUCGGGACCGCACUAAAGACAGAGACCGGGACAGGGAAAGAGAUCGGGACAGAGACCGCGAAAGAAGUUCAGACCGAAAUAAAGAUCGGAGCAGAUCUAGGUAAAUAGUGCGGUGUAAUGAAUACUUGUUAAUAAAUUUGACAAUGACAAAUAAUUCAUAGAUGCAACCUGUUUUGAAGACCAGCAUGCAAUAAGCCAUGAGGCAAUGAAUUAAAUAGUAUGAUUUGCUGACAGCCGUGGUGCCCUGUCCCUCAGGCCCUUUUGUAUGGUUUGGCUGACGGAAUAAAGCCACAACCAACGUACAGAGAGACACUGUGUGUGUGUAUAUCAAUGUAAAGGCAGCAGACUGAUGUACCGUGUCUAUUCAAAACGUCAUUUGUCUAAUGACUACAUAAGCAAUGUUGUGGCUAAUUUGAAAAACUUAACAGAGGUUUUGAGUUUGGGCUUAAUUUCGGUGAUCUCGAAAUCGCUACUUUUGUAAACCUCUUAUUGUAUGGUGUUUUAAUUAUCUAGUAGAGUUAGUUUUGUUAGACCUAACCUCUAUUACCAGCAGUAUUAAAUGUUGACGAUUACAUGCAAUAAUAAUUUGUCAUUGUAUUUGUCCACAGAGAGAAAAGCAGAGACAGAGAAAGGGAGCGAGAGAGAGAACGGGAGAGGGAACGGGAACGAGAGAGGGAACGGGAAAGGGAACGAGAACAACGGGAGAGAGAGCGAGAAAAGGACAAGAAAAGGGAUAGGGAAGAGGAUGAAGAAGAUGCCUAUGAGCGGCGCAAACUGGAAAGGAAGCUCCGUGAAAAGGAAGCAGCUUAUCAAGAGGUAUAGGAGGAUGUUGCUUCUGAUCUGGGGAUUGGAUUCAAAGGGAUUCUGUUGCAAAUGGAAAGCACCUGGUUUUCGGGGGUGGGGUGAGGAUAUUAAUUCUACCAUCCCACCCACCAGCUUUGGAGCCCUGCAUUGAAGCCCCUCUCCCCCAGUACCCCAUGCUCCCUCAGGAGACACUUGUUGAAAGGAGGUUGUCCCUUUUCAGGGUAAAAGCCCCAUUCUCUGAAUGGAGGUCUGAUAAUAGUUGUUAAAGAUCCAACUCCAUUAUCGUGGAGCAUGUUUCCUGUCCAUACCUGUAUUCUAAUCAUUUUGUAGCAUUGACCAUCAAGCUUCAGAGCAUUUUACAGAACCUCUGUAUUGAAAUAGAAGACUGGGUGAUAUAAUUAAAUGUGGAUGGUUUUGCUUCUCUCAAGUGACAUAUGGGAUUUUUUCCUCUCUGGUUCAGUAAAUGGUAAACAGAUUAUUUUCUUUCAGCGUCUUAAAAACUGGGAGAUCAGAGAACGGAAAAAAGCUAGAGAAUAUGAAAAAGAAGCUGAGAGGGAGGAAGAAAGGCGAAGAGAAAUGGUAAGGGGUUCAUUAUUUUUUGCACUGCUUUUAUUAGAUGCUCAAAUGGCAGAAUCUCUGUGCUGGUAUACAAAGGUGUCCUGUAGUAGCAGUAGUAGUAGUCGUAAUAUUUUUGUGACUUAAGUGAUAGCUCACAAAUGUUAAUGCAAAAUAGCUGAGUCUGUAUGUUGCCACAAUUUUUUUUAAAGCAUUAUGCGAAAAAAAGUGUUUGGCUGCUUUACAGACUUCGUUCCUUACAAAGUGAAAAGGUCUUAGUUCAUUAUCUAAAACUAUUUUCCAACUUUACUAAUAUUGCAACUAUGUUUUCCUUAUUGCUCUCAGACAGAUUUGAAUAACUACUGGCUGCUUAUAUUUUUUCUACUCAGACUUCAACCAUUCCAAGUAAUGGACCAAUGUUUGUCAUGUCCAUUAAUUUUAAGUGGUCCACUCUCAGUAUGACUGUCAUUGGAUACAUGGAGCAUUAUGUACCCUAAUCAGUUUGCAAAGAGCUUUCUGAAUUGCCAUCUUAAGGCCAUAAUGUCAUAUAUGGCUUUGACUACCCACUAUGCCAUCAGCAUAUUUUUCUCCUCUCUGCCCUCCUUAUUUAAAUCUGAAAGCAGCGGAAAAGUUUUGUGAAACUCGGAGUAUUUUUUCUAACAUACCAACAUGGCUGACUGCAUACGAUCUUCAGCAUAAAUUUUCAGAACAUACGUUUUUGAAAAAACUUCUCUGUGUUUUUAUAUAUUUUUUUGGCUUUCAUGUAAAUUAACUCCAAACAGAUAUUUGUUUUGUAGUAUUGCUGGUAGCCUGGGACAAUCUGCCAUUAUAAGCAGCAAGUAUUGUUCAUGCUGUUGUAAGCUAAGGGGGGAAACUGGACAGUCAGUCUGCACCCAUGGAAGGUCAUUAAAAAAACUCACACCUUGUUGCCAGAAAUGGAGAGAAUGGAUUUUGCAUGGUUCUCAGAACUCCUAAUGCUGAGAAUAUAAUCCUAAAUACACUAAGGGAAUAAGUUUCAUGGAACUCAGUGUUACUUGCAUCUGGGUAAACAUGUUUAGGAUAGCGCUCUUAAGAUUGAGAGAAAAAAACUCUAAGCAUUUACUUGCAUAGGCCAAGGCAAGCUAGCUGUGACUAGGGCUGGGCGAUGUUAGGUUUUUAACAUCAUGAUGAAUCGCCUGCAGAACAUUGCAGUUCGGUGACAACCCGCUAUGUUGAAACAGGCUGCACUGACCUCAGCUGGCAAAGCACUGGGAGAAAAUGCCUCAGCUCUCAUGGCGGGAACUGAGUGGCUUUCAGCUCAGCAUCUAGCGGGCUGGGGACAAUGCAGCUGUCCCAGCUUGCUGCUCAGCUGUGGGGCAGAAAGGCUCCUGGCCCUAACUGAGCGGGCCCCAACGUCCCGGUGAGCAGGAGCAGGGCUGCUCAGCUGGGAAGCACAAAGCCCCCACUUCCCAGCUGAGAGAUCCCUGACGUCUCUCCUGCUUGCAUGCAAGCAGGAGCAGGAUUGGGGCUGCUGACCUGGGGAGCACAAAGCAUCCGCUUCCCACCUGAGAGAUGCCCACUCCCACUCCAGCUUGCAUGCAAGUAGGAGUGGGAUUGCAAGCCCCUCCUCCCAAGCUGAGAGAACCAUGACCCCACUUCUGCAGCCCGGCAGCUGCAUCUGAGAACCCUUGCACUGCCUCUUAUGCAGCUGUCAGGCUGUCUCCGCCUUGCCAGGUGGUGCUCCUUUAAACUUCUCCAUUUAGGGGAACAUAGCCACACAUCUCUCACAGGAAAAGUGUGAUGGAGCCUGCACCUCCUCAGCUGAUCCAUCUUCUGCUCCCAUGCAAGCAGGAGUGGGGUCAGAUCUCUCACCUGCGAAACAGGGGCUUUGCGCUCCCCAGCUAAGCAGCCCUGAUUCUGCUCCUACUUGGGCGGGAGCAGAAGCUGGAUCUAAGUUUGCAUGCCUAGUGUUUCAUACAUGUUUCUUUCAACAGCAGGACCCAUCCAUUUUCAAAAGCUAUAUUGUAGACUGUUUUCAAAAGUGGAUUGGCACAGGAAACUGCUUUCUAAAAUCCAUGCCCAAAUUCCUCUCAUGCAUUUAGAGCUCAUUAACAUGGUUCUCUUGCAUCCUAGCCAGAACUGACAGGCUACUUGAGGCAGAUUUGCACUCAAAGCGAUUAUUUCAGGUCCCUUUUGCAAAGCCUGGCUAACUUAUCUCAUGCCUCUACGCUUUAGUUCAGAACUGGGAAGUCCAUUCUCAACUCAGGCUUCAAAGGGUUCAGUAGUUUGUGAGGAGGAAAUACCGUUUCAGAAGCAGGAAAAGCAAACUAGUAGUGACUUGCUAUCUACUUAAAGGAAGGUGCUACUCUAGAAACUUUCUGGUAGGGAAUAACUUCUGCUCCUUCAAGGGUGAUGAGCUAAUUUCUGUCUGAAAUUAAUUAAAUGUUUUCAACUCUCUUAUAGGCAAAAGAAGCUAAGCGUCUAAAAGAAUUUCUAGAAGAUUAUGAUGAUGACAGAGAUGAUCCGAAAUACUACAGGUAUGCUUAGCAUGAACUGCAGGAGAUUUUUAUUUAUUCAUUAAAUUUGUAUACCCUUCUAUAACUGCAGGUCUCAGGGCGGUUCAUGAGAUAAAUCAGUUUGUGUUCUCAGGUUUCGUCAAUGUGACUCCUAUCAGAAAGACAUAUGUAGGAAACCUUGUGUUCCAACAUGGGAUGAGUAGGAGAGGUUUACAAAAAAUGUGAUUUAGAAUAAUAGAAUUGAAGGGAUCACGAGGGUCAUCUAGUCGAACCCACUGCAGCGCAGGGAUAUUUCUGCCCAAUGUGGGGCAUGUAGUGGGUGAAUCAGGUUAAGCUGGCCAGAGGUGCUCCAUGCCACAAAGGAAACCUGUGUGUUCAAUGAUGGAGAUGGCAGCCCCAAAUUUAUAAAUUUAUUGCAGCACCAGUAAGAGUGAUCAUUAGACAAAUCUUAGCAAAUAUGCACCUCUUUUAUGAAAAGCACUGAACAUAUUCAGAUAACUUUGUGUUGGAAGAAUGAGGCGACUCCUAAUCACUUUCAAACUAAAGGAUCUUUUAUUUCCCUAGUUUUAAGAAUUGCUAUUCCUUCCUGGCAUGUUCUUGUAAGAAUCCAGGUGCAAAGAAGUACAUGGCUUAAUCCUACUCCAAACAGAAUAUUUUAUUUCUCUGAUGUAGGGAAUGAAACAUGAAACUUUAUAGUCAGUAUUCUGUAUCGGGUGCUUAUGGUGUGCUGUUUUUGACAAAUAUUUGUGGGAAACAAGUGCCACGAGACCUUUAAAACAAAAGUGAAUACAUGUUACAGGGGAAGCGCUCUGCAGAAGCGAUUGCGAGAUAGGGAAAAGGAAAUGGAAGCAGAUGAAAGAGAUAGGAAAAGGGAAAAGGAAGAACUGGAAGAAAUCCGGCAACGUCUUCUUGCAGAAGGACACCCAGAUCCAGAUGCAGAGCUACAGAGGGUAAGAGACUCCUUUUUUAGCAAAGGGUGGUGAAUGAGCAUUUUUAUAAUAGUAGACCAUGUCACGUAGUUGACUAUUGGUAAGCUAGAGAUUUGUGACUGACACUGUUGGUUGACGUGUCCUGGGUUUAUCCCCAUGUUCAUGUGGAAAGCAGUUUUUUGUUUCAGAUCUCUUUAUAUAAGUAUCAUAGUAUUGUUAAUCUGGAUUUUUCCUUACUUAUAAAGCCAAAUAAAAUUGAGCUUUUAAAAAACUGCCUCGGAUUAACUAGGAUUAUCCAUUUACGGGGACAGCCAGGCUUGCUUUGCAUGUUUUAACUCCUAAUAAGUGCAUUUGGUGAAGAAUGUGCAUAAGACCACAAUUUUGUUCCAUAGAUGGAACAAGAGGCUGAAAGGCGUCGACAGCCACAAACCAAACAGGAGCCAGAAUCUGAGGAAGAGGAGGAGGAGAAGCAAGAAAAGGAAGAGAAGAGGGAAGAACCUGAAGAAGAGGAGGAAGAGCCAGAGCAAAAGCCCUGCCUUAAACCAACCUUGCGACCCAUCAGCUCUGCCCCAUCUGUUUCCUCAGCAAGUGGCAAUGCAACUCCUAACACUCCUGGGGACGAAUCUCCCUGUGGUAUUAUCAUCCCACAUGAAAACUCGCCAGAUCAGCAGCAGCCAGAGGAGUACAGGCCUAAAAUAGGGCUUAGCCUCAAAUUGGGCAAGUUUUUUCUCUUGUUUCUAUCCAUGUGAGGAAGGAGGGCACAAAGAUAGGAAGUGAGAUUCUGUGCUUCCCUUCUUUGAACCUUUUGAUUGUAUAAUUAUUAUUGAUCCAUUUGAGAGCAGAGCAGUUGAGUGAAGCAGCAUAGAAUAAACUCUUUAAUCCUAGCCACUUUGCUCUAUGGUUGAUUUUUCUCUCCCCAGCCUUUUAUUAUUAUUUUGUUGAUAUCCCAUUGUUUUUAAAAGUGCAGCUCUUACCUGAAUUUGGAAGAGUUUCCAGAUUGUGUUUAAAUAUAUUAAAAUGAAUCUUCUUUAUAUUUUAGGUGCCUGCAAUAGUCCUAACCAGCCCAAUGCCGUGAAAAGAAAGAAACUCACUGUGGACAGUGUCUUCAAUAAGUUUGAGGAUGAAGACAGUGAUGACAUGCCCCGAAAAAGGAAACUGGUGCCCCUGGAUUAUGGUGAUGAAGACAAAGGCUCCUCCAAAGGCAGCGUCAAUACUGAGGAGAAGCGCAAGCACAUUAAAAGUCUAAUUGAGAAAAUCCCCACAGCCAAACCAGAACUCUUUGCUUAUCCUCUUGACUGGUCUAUUGUGGAUUCAGUAAGUGUAAUUUUUUACAAAAUCUUGAGUAUGAACUACAGGACAUGUGUUGCACAAAUUUGCCACCUCUUAUGGUUCAACACUGAGUAUAGGUAAAAUUUAUGCACCUCAUUGAAUAAUAUGAGCUCUGUGGGAAAAUCCUUAUUUCAGUACAUAACCAAGCCCCCAUGCCUGCUAUUUAUCUUUAACUAGAAAAGAAAUACUACCCUAUACAUAGGCAUGUCACAUCAUUUUAGUUUAAUUUAAUGUUCUGUUGAAAGCUGCCCAGAGUGGCUGGGGAAACCCAGCCAGAUGGGCGGGGUAGAAAUAAAUUAUUAUUAUUAUUAUUAUUAUUAUUAUUAUUAUUAUUAUUAUUACCAAAAUGCAAAGAUCAGCUUGGAUCCUAAGUGUCUAAGUGCCCCUCUGCUUGUGAAAGGCUUCCAGUCUAGCAAAGGAUUCCACUAGCAGGAGCAAGGGGAGACAAUAUUCACUUGUUCAUCUUACAGCUCUCCCACAAUGUUCUGUAAAGUCCCCAAAAACUAUUGAACACAUUAUGAAGGACACAAGAGGCUGGGGGAAAGAGGAAAUCACUUCUGCUCACAGGAGUAUCUGUACUUUCAUCAGUGAAAGAGAAUUCUGGAUGCAAGCCAUUUACUUAUAUAUCAGAUCAUUUAGUAGUGGUAGCAUGGAAUAUAUAGCAGGCAAGAAGUAAGGAGGCAUGUUGCUGUUCUGUCAAACAUGUCUCCUUGAUGAGAUCUGCUGCAGGCAAAGGGAGACAACUAAAACCUGUUGUAUUGAUACAUCUGCCCAUGUCCUAUUUUGGAUCCUGGCUUACAAGUUUGGCAAGAGCUAGCUACCAAUUAAAUAAUGUUAAGUUCAUAAACAUUUUGUCUUUUAACUGGUCUACUUAAUUUUUUUUACAUGUUACAUACUGUACAUGCCUUGAAAUCGAAGGAAUUUAAAGCAAAUUUUGAUAAAGGAAUUGCCAUCAUACCUCUGCAGUCCUAUGCAUAUUGUUUUAGAAGUAAGUCUCAUUGAGUUCAGUGGGACUUAUUUCCAGGUGUGUAGGGUUGCAACCUCAAACAUUUUUUCUAUUUCAUUCUGCUAUAAUUAAACACCGGAAGCAGAUAAAUCUAAAAAAAUAGCACCAGUAGUUAAAAUUUUACUUUACUUGGUUUAUUUACUGAUGUAAGCCCAUUUAAAUCUUGUAGUCAUAAACACAAUAGGUGCUUCUUUACACACUGCAUUACAAGAUGUGGUCAUAGCCACCCGCUAAAAUCGGAUUAGACAAAUUCAUAGAGAAGGCUUUCAGUAGCUAUUGGGCAUAACGGCUUUAUACUGCCUCCAGGAUCUGGAGGCAAAAUUCCUCAGUAGUAGUCACUGGGGAACAGUUCAUUCAUGUCCUACAUGUUAGUUUCCCAGAGGCAUUUGGUUGGCCUUUCUGGGAAAAAGGUUGCAGGACUAGAUAGGCCUUUAGUCUGAACUAGCAAAGAUUUUCUUUCAAUGUUAAUACAGUAUUGUUGCUAUAAGUGACAAAGGGACGUGGGUGGUGCUGUGGUUUAAACCACUGAGCCUCUUGAGCUUGCUGAUCUGAAAGUUGGUGGUUCGAAUCCGUGCGAUGGGGUGAGCUCCUGUUGCUCCUGUCCCAUCUUCUGCCAACCUAGUGGUUCAAAAGCAUAUCAGUGCAAGUAGAUAAAUAGGUACCGCUGUGGCAGGAAGGUAAGCGGUGUUUCCGUGCGCUCUGGCUUCCGUCACGGUGUUCUGUUGCACCAGAAGUGGUUUAGUCAUGCUCUCCACAUGACCUGAAAAGAUGUCUAUGGACAAAGCUGGCUCCCUCAGCCUGAAGCGAGAUGAGCACUGCACCCCAGCCUUUGACUGGACCUCACCGUCCACGGGUCAUUUACUUUUACCUUUACUUUUACCUUUUAUAAGUGACAAGGGAUGAAAGCAAUGUAUGGUCCAAAUAAAAAAAUAUGGAAACUAUUUAAAAUGAUAAUAUUUUCUAUUUUAGACAUUAAUGGAACGUCGAAUUAGACCAUGGAUCAACAAGAAAAUAAUAGAAUAUAUUGGUGAAGAAGAAGCAACGCUAGUUGACUUUGUUUGUUCAAAGGUAAACUUCUUCAUAAAUACAUAUUUUAGGUGGCUGAUGCUAUAAUUUCGCUUGCCAGUUGGGCUUACUUGUACCUUUGGUGGACUAAGGCAGGAAUAGCUUUUACAGCAAAUACGCUGGCUCCUUUUACUCUUUCAUUUCAGCUUAGCAAUUUUCUUCUGUGAUUCCACUGUUUCUACUGUUCUUUCCAUGUAUAAAUACUAAAAAUAAAAAUUAGACUUCCUUUCCCUCAUCUUCACGGACUGGCUUCUGAGAAGAAGACACAAGAAGCUUGCCUCCCACCCCCACUUUAGGGAUAAUUGGAUUGCCCUCCUUAGCAGCAGUGAUACAGUGAGAUCUACCUCUCUGCAGGCUUUAAUUUUCAGCUCUUACAGAGGUGUCAUUGGCUGAGGUGGAUUUUUAGAAAUGUGUACAGUGGUUACAGACGCUUCAGGUUACAGACUCUACUAACCCAGAAAUAGCACCUUGGGUUAAGAACUUUGCUUCAGGAUGAGAACAGAAAUUGUGCAGUGGUGGCGCAGCAGCAGCAGCGGGAGGCCCCAAUGGCUAAAGUGGUACCUCAGGGUACCUCAGUAAAGUGGGACCUCCAGAACGAAUUAAGCUCUUAACCUGAGGUACCACUGUACUGUCAUCACUAGUCAAAGUACGAGCUGUUUCCCAUCCCCUAUGCACCCAAGCCACCAAGGCCUGAAGUAGGCCAAACACUCCUGAGCAAGCUAGACCAGACCUAGAGGACACCACAGCUGUGUGUGGCAUUCCCUUCACCAAUGGAGCUAAUAUGCCCCUUAUAGAGUAGGAUGGCAGUCUCAGUGCCACAUGAGUGCAUUGGAGCACAUUGCGAGGGGCAACUGGUCCAGAUGGAUGGGAGAUCCUUUGAGUCACAGCACAGCAUUGACUGGCUCAAACUUCAGGCAGCAUGUCUGCCCACUCAGUACUUCUUCUACAGCAUGCCUGUCUCACACCCUUUGCUUCCUCUGAAACAGCAUUGGCUGGAGUAGUAAGUUGUUGCCGUUGGGAUCCACUCUAGUUGGUUGGGCUUUUGUACAUCCCAACCCAGUGAUGCUACAUGGGCAAGUGAAAUAGCACCAUUGUACCUAUCUGAAGAGUCGAUUUGCUUGUCCAAUGUAGCAUCACCAAGGCCACACCCUUGCAUAGCCUGCAACACCUCUUCCCACCUCUGCUAGCACGGUCGGCUUUCAGUUAGUGGUUUGUUGUAGGAUAUAGGUUAACAUUAGUCUGAGUUUCAUUUCUGGACUGUUCAUGCUCGGUGAGUAUGCAAAACUAAAAAGGAGUCAGCCUAUUUCCUGUAAAAGGUACUCCUCCCUUCAUCCACUGGAGGCGCAAGGAAGCCCAACUCAGUGAUGCUACACUGGACAAGCAAAUCUACCCUUCAGGUACAGUGGUAACUUUCUCUCCACCUCGCAAUCUGUGCACUUUCAUUUCACAGUAUUUGCCCAAAGUAAACUACUGACAGUGUGUUGCCUUCUAUACAUAAAUAUAUAACUAUGUUGUUGUUUUAAACUGAUGGGUCAAAAGCCUGAUACUAGACUUGCACACAUAACCUGCAGGCUUGUGCAUCAGUUAUUUCGGGAAACUACAGUCUGCUCCAACGUGACAGCAAACAGUGUGAUGGUUUUGUUUUGAGUUAACUAAGGUGGCAGGACACAAGUGGUAACUUUCCUUUCUCACUGUUCUUGGUCUACCUCAGUCACUUACAAAUGCAAUCAAAUACCUGUUAUGAAUCGAACAAGGGAGUUGAAACUAAAAAUGCCUUUUGGUCCACCUUUCAAAUCAUUUAGGGUUGUAUCCAGUUGUGUUUCUACUCACAAUAAGGGUUUUUGAUCAGCAGAGGCUUUUGUGAAUGGAUUGGGAAGAGAAGCCGUUUCCCAAAUUCCCUAUUUCUCCUACAUACCUGUAACACCUCCCGUGCUCUUCCAAAAGCCCCCCUCCCCAAUCUUCUGGAACAGGUUUUUGAGGUGCAAGGAGCUACAGAGGGAAGGGGGGAAACAGUAAAAAUCACAGUGCUUGCUUCCAUUCUCAGAAGCUUCCUCUGGAGCAAACAACCUUAUUUAAAAUUGAAAGCAACGGGCUUGCUUUUCAUGGAUUUUAUUUUAAGAUACAUGUGUUUGCUACCUGCUAGAAUGUUACUGUUAUGUGGGCAACAGUUCUAAAUCUUGCAUGGUUCAAUUUUCAGUCAUACAAGUGCUGUGUUCUCAAUGUUGAUAUGUCUCUUUCAGGUUAUGGCUCAUAGUUCACCGCAGAGCAUCUUGGAUGAUGUUGCUAUGGUGAGUAAAGGAAAAACACGCCACAUCCAGAAUUUCUAAUUUGUGUAAACUUAGAGCUCUUCUGUGAGAAUCACCUUCACUAAAUGUAUUCAGAUGUACUUUUUCCUCUGGUUUUUAAUGCCCUAUUUUCUUCUUUUUUGGUGUAGGUGCUAGAUGAAGAAGCUGAAGUUUUUAUAGUCAAAAUGUGGAGGUUAUUAAUAUAUGAAACAGAAGCCAAAAAAAUUGGGCUGGUGAAAUAAAGAAUCCCUUUUUGUUUUGGGGGUGCCAUUUCAACUUUUGUUCUGCAUCACUGAAGAACUUUGAAGUUUCUCUGUCUUCAAGAGACAUUUGUGAGACCUGUAUUUUUUAAAUGUAGAAAAUGUGAAUUUUUUUCCCAUCUUGUUACACUGAGGUCCCCUCUCCCUCCCUCCUGCCCUCACCCCAGCUUCCUUGGUUGUAAUUAUCUGAAUUCUGCAUUGGUGGUUUUUCACUCACCAGGUACAGUUACAGGUAUUGUUUCAUAAACUACUGCAGCUGCUGUACACAGUCUCUGAUAUUCAUCUUCUAAACUGUUCCUUGUAAAUAUUAAAAAGACCCAUGUUUUAGAAGCAUCUGUGCUUACCACAAACCAAAAUAAUUGAAUUUUAUGUAAAUACACCAACCUCUUCUUUCCCUUCUCCAUUUUAAAAUAUUAGAAUAAACUUUAAAAUUCUAAAAAUGGAUGGGAGUCAUUUUGUUGGCACACAGUUUUCAUCUGCAUGGAUAGGGGAUCAUUCCCUUGUUGGACUUUAUAAUAUUUCUAGAGGAAUCUAUAGAAAAACAUGGUGGACUUGCUUCAACUCAGGCAUUCUUGUAAAGCCAUUGAUAAAUUUCCUCCUGCUCGUUACAUGAGGCCUUUUGUUCAGUUACGGUGGUGACAGAAUUUCAUACUCAGUUGUGUUUUUAAUCAAGGAUAACUAGUGCACAAAUUUAUUUAAUUUUAGCUUCCUACUAAUACAAGUCUGACAUCUAAAGUAUUCUUUUUUAAUUAUUUAAAAUAAAAUCCAUAGACAGGUUUGGGAAACUUGUGGAUAGAAAAGGUUUAAAAAUGUAACUUGAGCACAACAGUUUACAAUGUUAAAAUCAUAUGCUUUCGAACAAUGGAGAAAUUUGUUUUUAUGUAAGUCAUCAAGUCAGUUGUGACUUUCUUUUUGUACUGUAAGCUGUCUGUCGGCUAGAGGAUGAUAUUUCUUGUCCUCUUACUCUGUAUGAGUUUUAUACAUAUGCUGAUGUGGUAUCAAUAACAACGUACUGUAAACUGCAUUUUUUAAAAUCUUCACAAGUAGAAAGACUGUACGCUAUGGGCCUUCUUGAUUGCAGGAUGAACACUUUCCAGGAAGCAACAAUUCUCACUUUUUAAAAUACUGCUCUUCUGAUAUCUCUUUACCUGAAGGAUACAGGUUGACCUAUUUAGGAGGUGCAACCAUGACACUGAGUUACUGAGUACAUGCAUUAUAAGAAGACAGCUGGAAAAAACUGUUCUUAAUAAAUGGGAUCCUAUAAAUGGUUCCACCAUGUAAAUAUUUCAGAUAUUAAAAAUGUAUAUAUUUGAUCUGGAUUUUGAUUAUUUAAUUAUGUUUCAAAAUAUACUACUACUUCUAUUUCAUUUCUGGAAGUAAUGGAUUAGUUGGCUUGUUGAUCUGGCAAAAACUUCCCAGUAUGGAAAUACAGCUUCAAAUUCUGCACACUGGCCAAACUAUAUAGUGUUGAGUUGGAUCUAGAAUAAGCUGGUUGCACUUGAGUUUGUUGAAAUCAAGUUAGAAGAAGAGUUUGCAUUUGCUAUCCUGCCUUUCACUCCCUUUAAGGAGUCUCAAAGCGGCUAACAUUCUCCUUUCCCUUCCUCCCCCACAACAAACACUCUGUGGGGUGAGUGGGGCUGAGAGACUUCAAAGAAGUGUGACUGGCCCAAGGUCACCCAGCAGCUGCAUGUGGAGGAGCGGAGACGCGAACCCGGUUCCCCAGAUUAGGAGUCUACCGCUCUUAACCACUACACCACACUGGCUCUCAUGUUAGUCAUGACUAACUGAAGUCCCUAAGUACAAUUUGUUAAAUUUGUAGCCUAUGUUUCCACGAAAUGUUGCUGUGACUAACAGUAAUAAUUUAAAUAGAGUACAAUAAAACACCAACAAAAUACAAGUUGAAGUAAAAACAAAGUUGCCAAACUUAAUCUAGAUCCCACCUAGUGAAUUGUAUUGUUACAAUUACUGGGGGUGGGGGGAAGGAAUGGAAUCUCAAGAAUUGAGAACCUUACCACUUCUAGGAGACAAAUUAUAUGUAUUGACCUGUUACACAAUGAUAGAAGUGACAGCCUAACUAAUCGAAGAACAAUAAAAAACUGAAUAAUAAUGGUCUGUUUUACCACAACCCUUCACAAAAAGGGAAAGGGCCAUAACUGGAUCCUAGCAUUUCCAGGCAGGAUCCAGCUGAACUGGAGAGUUGCUGUCAGGCAUUUCUCAAUCUGAUGCCCUUCAGAUGUGUGAGAUGAGGACUCCUGUCAUCUGCUGAUCAUUGAUCAUGCUGUCUGAGGGUGAUGGUUUAGAGUCCAAUCUGGAGGGGGCACCAGGUUGGGGAAGCAGUGGCGUAGCGUGGGGGGUGCAGGGGGGGGCCAGGCGCAACAUCUGGGGGUUAAGGUUAGGGGGCGCAAAUCAACGGGUUAGAGGGCGCAAAUUACUUGCCUUGCCCCGGGUGCUGACAACCCACGCUACGCCACUGUGGGGAAGCCUAUGCAUGAUGAACAAGUGGUCUGUCUGCUAUAAAGCAGCUUCUAUGUUUGGUUUAUCGAAAAAGCAACACUGAACACUUGAAAACAAGAAUGUAUGCUUAAUAUGUAUGGACAUACAAUGCUAAAUUAGCAACAGCAGUGCAGCAAUAAAAGGUAAAGUUAGCUGCAUGGCUCCCUGGAGUUGAUGUUGGUAACAUUAAUCUCACCAUCAAAAUUAACAGUUUGCAUCCUAACCAGCAAAAAAAAAGUCGAGAGCAACAAAAAUUACUGCUGAAAAAUUAAUUUUAAUGUACGUAAUUCCCAACCAUCUGCUGAAACAUAAGUUUUUAACGCAGAAUUGACCUGAUAGUGUCUUUUAUUGGUCCCUUUUUUUAGCAGACAUGUAACUCAUGUAACUUGUGUAUUUGUUUUGAAACUACUGAUUUUACCUAUGUUUGAUAACAUUUUCUGUCUUCUUGUUUUCAAAGUUUUAUUUCACUGGCAUUUUAUUACAACUAUAUUCUAUGAAAACCACAUGGGAGUUUUUAUUGAUUAUCAGCAUAUACAUCUUGUAAAAUAUAAAUAAAUAGAUCAGAGGGGGGGGGAAUAGUUCAUCAUCCCAACUUGGCCAUGCAUGCAUCUGAUGGGAGUUUGAUACCAGCAACAUCUGCAGCACCAUAAGUUCCCCAGCACUUAUUUUAUAUAAAAAGUUUUUCAAGGUGUGUAUUAACACAAGGAUAUUGGUUUAUAAGAGGUGCUGAGAUGAUAACCUAGCUCAGGGUUUUCAAAUGCCUUGGACUACAUCUCGCAUCUCCAGCCAGCAUGGCCAGUAGUUGGAGAUUAUGGGAACUGUAGUCCAAAAUUUAAGUUUCUGCAGUGUCUUUCAAGUUGUUGGGACCCUUGAUUGUAUGCUCCUCACUUUAAAUCAGGGUAGAUUUGUCUAGCUGACAGUUGGGCCAAGUUCACACACUAGUAGUCACAGCUGUAGCAACAUAAACUGGAUACCUUGUACAUCUUAUAACAAAGCUUAUCUAAAACUAUGAAGGCAGUCCUUAUUCCCAAACUCAAAAGGUAUUGUAGGUUAGGAUGUUGAAAGCCAUGAGGCUUGUUUGUACAUUAUUUUAAGUUCUUACAUUCAUGAGAAUCACCACCACGGACAAUCUACAGAGUUGUGUCUACAUGUAAACAGCUUUGUAUCGUUUUUGAAAAGUCAGGAGCCUUUGCUUGUCAGAGUAAGGCAGGGGUCAAAUCCCCAGUUAUGCAUGAAGCUCACGGGAUGACCUUGGGCCCCUCACUGUUUCUCAGCCAAACCCACCUCACAGGACUGUGAGGCUAAAAGGAAGAGGGGAACCAUAUACACUACCCUGAGCUUGGAGGAAAGGUGGGGGUAUAAACGUAAUAAUAAAAUGAAAUAAACCUUGUCUCAUAGUGCAAAUGUAGCAAGUGGCAGAGGUAAGAUACUAGUGGCUGUGGCUCCUCCUAAACUGCUAAGGGAGUUGUAAUCCUCUGCACACUACUUGAAAGUAAUCCUAACUGAAUAGGAUUUUAGUGUCAACAUACAUGUAUACAUAGGGUCGGGCUGCAAAAUAAAGUGGGUGUGUACCAAAGAUGUCAUGGACUUUGAAGACGCUCGAACUCAGGAGGAAAGGUAGAAAUGCGCUAAUAAUAAUAAUAAUAAUUUGUUAAGAGGAAGGCACGUUUGGCAAACCCUCACCACGAUAAACUCCCACCCGGAAACCUACGUCCCCACUGUGGAAGGACGUGUGGAUCCAAAACUAGCCUCCACAGUCACUUACGGGCUCACUCUUAAGACCGUGUUCAUGGAAGACAAUCUUACUCGGCUACGAGUGAUCGCCAAACUUAGAAGAAGAAUCGCAUGGGAUCUACCCUAGCAAAGGAGCGACUUCCCUGUUGAUCCUCCACGAACAGAGCUAGUAUUUUCUCUCGGCCAAACUAAACCCAAAGCGCAGCCCUUCAGAAAGAACGCAGACGGUUUUGAGCUUUAAUGUAUUUAUUAUCCCCCUUUUGCGCCAAUACAACCUGACCAACCUUAGCUACCAGGCACCUACACUUCGAUGGAAGGCGGCGGGCGAGGACCUUUUAACUCUUAGGCAGCAGAAUGCCUGCGCCGGCCUUGCUUCGAAGAGAAACGUGCAGAUUAAGGCAACCCUUCUUCGAAUGGAGCUGCUGCCUUUUUGGCGCAGCGGUUCCUGACGUCAUCAGCCCCCGCCCGCUUCCUCCGGCGGCAGCUGCUGCUGGUGCAGCUGCUGUCGUUGCGCGGCCUCGCGCGCUCCUUCUGAUAGACAGCUGCGGUCCGCCGAGGAGAAGCUCGGCUGCGCAGGCGCACCACCACCCCCGAGAGAGCGUGAGUGGGCGGGGACGAGGCGCCGACUCCCGAGGGGAGGGGGAAUGGGGGGCGGGGCUUCGACCGGAAGCGCCGUGCGUGUCGCGGGAGGAGGGGGUGGGAGGGAGGGGGUGGUGCUGUGAAUUCGGGCCGGGAAGAAAACAAACCGGUGGGACCGGCUCCGAGGGGGGACAGGUAAGGAGAGGUGGGCCCGGGGCGGGGAGCUGCGAAGAGCGCGACGAGGAAAGCAGGCCCGUGAGGGGGAAAGGAAGCGGGGCUCCUCUUUCGGGGGGAUGGGGGCCCUUCCCCUUCUCCUCGUCACGUCGCCCCUUCCUCACCCGAGCGUUUCCGAGGGGAGUCAUGGGACUCCGGAGGCAGCCUUCCCUCACAGCUCCGUGGCCCUCUUUGUCUCAGAUCAGAAAGGAUGCCCCUCCCCACACGAAACCUCCUCCUGCCUUCAGACACUUUAAACAAUACCGGCUGGAAUCCCACCUCCCCGCCUUCCCUUCGUGGGUGAAAAUGCCCCGGAAAGAGGGCGGGUCUCCUCCAGCCACUCCCGCGGACCGCCAGUCCGUGUGGGAAGUGUGUUGAAAUCUGAAUUAAAGGGCACUCCUAGGCGUGUCUACUCAUUAGUAAGCCUCGUUAAGUUUGUUGUUGUUUAGUCGUGUCCGACUCUUCGUGGCCCCAGAGCACGCCAGGCACUCCUGUCUUCCACUGGCUCCCGCAGUUUGGUCAAACUCAUGUUAGUAGCCGUCUCGCCCCUGUCGUCCCCUUCUCCUUGUGCCCUCAGUCUUUCCCAACAUCAGGGUCUUUUCCAGGGAGUCUUCUCUUCUCAUGAGGUGGCCAAAGUAUUGGCGCCUCAGCUUCACGAUCUGUCCUUCCAGUGAGCACUCAGGGCUGAUUUCCUUCAGAAUGGAGAGGUUUAAUGGGAUUUCUUCCCGGGUAAAGGUGCGUAGGAUCGCGCGACCUUAAGUGAUUUUGAGCCUACAGCAUAGCCAGAAUGGACUUGGUGUGCUAGCAGUGGCUUUAGAAGCUCUGAGUGGUAUUCUAAGUUUUACUCGGAGAGUAGACCACUGGAAUUGAUGGGAUUAGUUGCGUUCAUUAAUUUCACUGAGCCUACUCUGAGUAAAGCUUAGUUGAUUUUUACCCUCUGUGUCUUUUAUAGUUGUACAGAAUGCGGACACUUGGAGCUUAUGUCAUCAUGGGGAUGUGGUAAUGGGGAAAUCUUUUGUCUGUUGAAAGUUCUCUUCUGAGUUUUUUUUUUAAAAGGAGCUUUUUCCUUUGGCACAGUGUUACGAUAGUACUGGACUGCUGUUUGUGUCCAGUUGUUUUCUGACUUAUUUCAGAAUAAAGACUAAGUGCUCCUUUUGAAGUAUGUUAGCCAGUUCUUUUUUGCUUUCCACCAGAAGUCUUGAAGCCUCUAAACUGGUGCUUAUCAAUGAGAUGCAGAAAUAUGCAGCGAUGCACAUAGUUCUGAUCGGCUGUACUGAUGAAAUUUGGUCUUAGGUCUGCUUUGCUACCCCCCUCCCCCUUUAAAAAUAGAGUUUUGAGGAGAUUAUCUGAUAGGAGAGGGUUGUAGAUGACUUGGAUGGUAUAAGACCUUUUUUAAAAAAAACUAACCAUAUUAAAAAUUGUAAAAAGCGCAAAUCAUUCGUAUAGUCUGGAUAGUAGAAAGUUGGACUUUCCCUUAUUUCUUUGCAUAUUUAUCAUAUGUAAAGUAGGGUUCUAAUUGGCAUUGACAAUGGAAAUAUGGGACCCAGCAGUGUAACUGGGGUAUAUUCCAAGCUAAGUAAGUAAUAUUCUAAGCACUCUUGGAAACAAAUGAAAAUGAGGUAAUGCACAGCAUCCCUUUUUAGUGCUUUUGAAUUGGCCACAGCUCCUUCUAAUUGCUAUUACUAUCACAUUUCAAAAAAGUUGGCAGGACUAUCAUAAUCUGUCUAGACUGUUCAUGAAUUGAUUGGUUGCUGGAUUAUGUUUUCCUGUCAUUUUGUUUCAGUGGUUUCCAAUCAAAUAAUGUCUGUUAAGAGAACACUGCACAGGAACCUUGGUUAGUUCCAACCAUGAUUAAUGUCACUGCUAACAUAAUAAUUUGUUGUCACUUGAAGCUAGUUUGAAAUCCUCUGUUAAGGAGGGCGCUAGUCAUUGCUAUCUGUAGCAGCUAAGCACAACUAGGUCCAGCAAGACAAAUUUGUGUUCUAGAAAGUAGAAAGGAUUCAGUCCUGUGCUCCACUCCUGACUGCUUAACUGUGAUUAAUUUCCAAAAAUUAUAGUGCUCCCUUCAUUGUAAAAAUAAUCUCAGGGUGAGUCACAAUAAUAGUAGAGCAUCCACAACAUAACAUUGAUAAUAGAAUAUUGCUAAUAUGCAGAUUAGCAUCUAAAAGAAAUACAGCAACCCUUAAUGAUACAACAGAAAACUACUACUACUUCUUUGGCCAUCACUCGUAGCUGAGUAAGAUUGUAUUCCAAGAACACAGUUUUAACAGUGAGUCCAUAAGUGACUGUGAAUGCCAGUUCUGGAUCCACACAUCCUUCCACAGUGGGGACAUAGGUUUACAUACUGGAGUCGAUCAGAUAACAAGGUUGUGUCUGUACUGGCUUUGUGUUGUAAAGCAUCUCUGUGCUGAAAAUAAGUAUCCAGAGAAAUGUUCCUGUUUAAGAACAGAUCAUCUCUACCUGAAAUAAUAAAGCAUUAAUAUGUUUUUAAUCCUAUUUACAACCUGUCAUGCACUUUCUUCCUGUUUUUAAACCAGCUUCAUUUCUCAGUUCCCUCCAAUCAUUCUAGUUUGUUUCCUUUCAAGUUUAAUUCUCAUUCAUUGUGCCAUGCAUGCAAUAACUUCUAAAAUCCACUUGGUCCACAUGUGAGAUAUUUCUUAAUAAUUAAUACAUGCAUCCCUUGUAGUCAGAGGCUUUUUCUAGGUUGCUUCCACAUAGUUUAUGAAAGUUCAGUGGAAAUACUACAGAAGAGAGUACCAACACUUCUUUCAAAGAAUCAGUCUGAGUAAAGUAUAUCAUUUAUUUCAUUAACAAAUGUGAAGAAAAUUAUGGACUCUGUUUUUAUAAGCAUUGCAACAUCCUUCCUUUAUAAUAUUCUCCACCUCCCACAUUCACUCCUCCACUCUAUCAAUUUUUAUCAGAAUGAUAACUGGCAAUGCUAACUGCAAGAAUACCAAACCAGAAAAAAGUUAACUGUCUACUAAUAGAUCGUGCUCAUUUAUUACUACAUAUGGUGUUCAAAUAUCUGACUUUUCCCAUUAUUGCAUUCCUUCACUGAUAAAUGGCUGUGGAGAAAUAAGUAUGGAGUCUUAUUUAGCUCUCUUAGUAAAAUAUAGUAACAGUAUACUACUACUCAAACAUUGCUUCCUUAGACUUGAUUAAUAGAAUACAAACUCGAAUAAACAGCAAUAGAUGCUAUGACUAUAUAUUUUAAUUUUUCUCUGUGAUUGUUUAAUGCUGUCCUACUGGACAGUUAAUAAUAUUCCAUGUGUGUAUGUCUCAUAGAAUAAAGUCAGUACAGAGUGAACACUGAAAUCUUAAGCAGUUUUCGGUGAAGGUGAAAGCAAUGAUCAACUGUCUGAGCCUAUGCAAUUAUUUAUUCUAGACAUUCUUCAGGUGGAGCUUGGCCAAGCUUGUCAGUAGAAGAAGGAUUACUAUUAUACACAUCAGCUAGCCUACCAAUCUUGCCACCAGGAUGGAAAGUAUAGAAACCAUCAUUCCUGAUUGCAUCCACAAAGCCUUCUUGGAGCAUCUGUUCAUGAUGAUAAUGAAGUGUUUCUGCCAGUGAACUCUGUAGCUGUCUUUUAUUUUAAAUCUCAGAGCAGGCACAUUAUUGAAACAGUAUUUUUCACUGUACAGUCAUACCUCGGGUUGAAUAUGCUUCAUGUUGAGCGCGUUCGAGUUGCGCUCCGCGGCAAUCCGGAAGUAACAGAGUAUGUUACUUCCGGGUUUCACCGCUCGCGCAUGCACAGACGCUCAAAAUGACGGCAUGCGCAGAAGCGGCGAAAAGCGACAUGCGCGUGUGCAGACAUGCCGUCGCUAGUUACGUUUGCUUCUGGAUGCGAACGGUUCUCUGGAACGGAUCCCGUUCGCAUCCCGAGGUACCACUGUAUAGAAUAAAUAAGUCUAAAGUGUUGAAAAUUUCCCUUGUCUCUCUCUGUUGGUUAUAUCCUACCUUUUUAUGUAAUUUUCUACAGACCUAUGCUUGUUUCUUAAAUGACCUUAUCCAAAGAAAAGGAUGGAAGGGCAGAGUAGAUUGUGUCCCAGUGGUAUAGUAAAGAGACAUGGGUGACUGAUUUCAACUAAUUAGUGUGUUAUCAAGUUAUUAUUUGAAUAAUUGCAUUCACCAUAGGUUUAAGAACGCUAAUGUGUAGACUGUGUAUUUGGAAGUUUAAGAAACAGUUCUCUUGGCUCUGGUUUUGCAAAACUUUUUUUUGUAAUAAUGUUGCACCUAGUAGAGCUGAUUGGCUUGUCUUCCAUUCUUUCUUUUAUGUGUCUAAAACUAAGAUUUUCCCCAUCCUUUUGAUUUUUCAGAAUUACCAUAUAUCAGUAUGAGAUCUUACUGUGUACAUAUUAUUCUAAUUGGUUUUCAGAGGAGGUGUUUGCAUUGUUUUUAGAUAACAGUUAGAAAUCUUGAAUGGCUGUCACAUUUGAAUCUGUUUCCCUUACUACCGCCCAUCAGUUCCAUGUUUCUAUGUUGCAGACAGCUAAGGCUUAGAAGUAAUUUCCAUUUAGCAAUGUGGAACUUUUCCGUUGUGCUCAGUAGGGCUGGGCAAUAUAUCAAUAUAUCGUCCAAAACCGGUUUGAAGUUCACAUCGUCAUAAUUGUUUCAAAAUAUUUGAGCUGUCAGUAUAUCACGAAUCACAAUGUAUGUAAGGACUAGGCGAUAACUGGUUUUCAACAUCGCAAUAACUCACCAGCUAAACCUCACAAUAUCACCAGCUAAACAUUGCAAUGUUAUCAGCAGCUAAACCUCACACAAUAUCACCAGCUAAACUUUGCAAUCCAUCACAUCUGUAAUAAGGAUGAAACUAUAUAGAGGUGAACAGGACAAUAUCCAGGCAACUGCUACUACUUAAGAAGUCUAAAAUGGGUAAAUGACAAUAUUAUCAACCACCACACAGUCAGUUUCAUCAGCAGUCAAGCCAAAAUGCAUCCCAACAGGACUUUUGGUUUUGGCUUGGCUACCAAAUGGUGGUAUGCAGGACAAUCCAAAGUACAGCAAUGAGUCAUAGUAAAUACAUAUAAUCUGGGACUGCCAGUCUGCCAGCAGGAGGCAGAAACAGCUAUGGCAGAAACAGCUGGCCAUGACCGCGGUAUGUGUCGGCAGUAGAGGUGACAACUUGCAAGGCCUCGUUGUGACAGCCCAAUCAGUGGUGGCCUGCGAGUCCUUGUGGUGGUGACGGGAGGGGGCAGUAGUAGCAGCGGCAGCUUGCAAGGCCUUGUGGUAGUGGGAGAUGUUAACAGGCUGCGAUGCCUGGCAGCGAUAACAGGGAGUGACAGCAGUAACCGCAAGGCUUCGUGGUGACAACAGGAGGUGGCGGCAGUAGUGGUGGCAGCCUGUGAGGCCUCACGGCGGUGGCGAAAAGUGGCAGCAGUAACGGCAGUGGCUUGCGAGAUCUCAUGGCAGCGACAGGAGGUGACAGCAGUAGCAGCGGCCUGCAAGGCCUCACAGCGGCGAUGGGAGAUGGAAGUAGUGGUGGCAGCCUGCAAGGCCUUGCAGUGGCGACACAAACAGUGGUGGCCUGCAAGGCCUUAAGGCGGUGAUAGUGAUGGCAGGAGUGGCAGUGGCCUGCGAGGACUUGUGGCAGUGAUGGGAGGCAGCGGUAGUGUCCUGUUGGCCUCUGCGUAGUUCCUUCCUUAUUUCAGAUAUCAUGAUAUAUCAAUAUAUCGUGAUGUUUAGCUGGUGAUAUAAUGCAAUAUUGAAAACCAGUUAUCGCUCAGCCCUGGUGCUCAGUACCUUCUGCCAAGCUGUUUCCUAUACAUUUCCCCCCACCCCACCCCCCAGUUUAUUCAGUGACCUCUCCUAUCUUUAGGAUCUUCUUUCAAAACCCAGUACCUUAGCACAGCCUUUCUGCAACCAGUCUUGUCUCAACUUACUUACACUUCUACUGCCAUUUGACAUACCUUUUCCCUUCCUUCUAUACACUGGACCCAGAACUUACACUUACCUUUCAUUCGUGAUAGGAACCUUAGGUGGGUGAGCAAUAAAUAAAUGGAGAGCAAGGAAAAUACACCAUUCCCUGCUCUCCAUUUAUCUGUCCCCCCCCCCCCCCGCUCACCCAGUGGGUUUUCCUUCUUACUGGGCUCUGGGAAGGUUGCAGGAGGGCUCUGGUAGCAUCCUAGGGCCAGGGCCCUCUCAUGAUCUCAGAUCCUGGUAAGCAAUCCUCUGCAGUGUGGGAGGGGGCGGUUCUGGGUUUACUGACUUUGCACGAUUUUGCCUUUGUGCACAGACUCCUGCAACAGAACCUUAAUGUAAGUAGCAGGCCAACUGUAUAUUUAUAAAUCCUGGGUGUUCCCUUUAUUCCUCAUUUCUGGUGAAUAUAACUUGUAAACUGUGUGUACAGCACAUAUCAAACUUUGGCAAAUAGUGGUAAUAGUAAUGGUGGUGUAGAUUAAUGUUUUAUAUUGAUUUAGGAAACCAUCAGAACAACAAAUGUAUCAGAUGGUUGCAUGUAAAUAUUGGUUUCUUUCUGAUGUAAUCAUUUUAAAUUCUGUUCUUAACCCUUUUGAGUUGCUUCCUUAACCACUAACAAGAAAUUCUAGAUCACUUUCACACUUCCUGGUAUGCCAGAUUUUUUGUGGGGGAGGUAGAUAUGUUGAGGGAAGAUGGCAGACAGCAUGUUUGUCUAGGCACAUGUUCCUGUCUUGAGCACUAUCACCAUUUUGUUUUCAGGGGUUCAUUGGCCUGCUCCAAGCAUAAGCACUGCUCAACUUUCUAGCCAUGGUUUAGAGACAAUUGAGUGUGUUCUGUGGGUUCACAGGCUCAUCUUGUGUGAGCAUUCCUCAGGCUUGUGGCCAGCUGUGGUUAGCACUGUCUCUGCUCAAUGUCAAAAUUAACCAUAGGAAGUGACAAACAACCAUUUUCAACCCAAUGGUUAGAAACUGGUUAGUGUUAACUAUUGUUAGCUUUUUAACAUCAGUGCAAAUAUAUGAAACCACAAUUAUCUCUGAAAGGGGAGGGAGUGCCCACCCAGGACAGGAAGAACAAAUGACUCCAUGGUGUACAACAGAUCACCUAGCAAUAGUAUGGAAAUAGUUAGAUGGCCAGGCAGCAGUGUACUUGCAUUCAAUUACUUUCCCCUUCACUCUUGUCUUGAAAGCCAAAAGCUUAAAGCAAGAACAUCAUUUCAGUUCAGGGUAAGCUAACAAAGGAUUUCAGACUCUCUCUUUUUAAAAAAAUUACAGUUGCAGUAUCUCAAGAAGAAGGAGCAUUUGUGGAGUACCAAGUUCCAAUGGCAGAACUAUCUGCACACUUAUCACAAGUCCAGCGUGGGCAGCUGAGAGAGAACUUGCCUGACAACCAUCAGACCAAUACUGUACGUAAGGACUGUUUUUUCACAUGCCAGAUUAUAAACUACAUAUGGUAGCUGUGUUACAAAAUGCUGAAAGAUUGUGUAAAGCCUCUUGUGUUUGUUAAAUGGGUCUUGUAAUCUUGAAUGUCAUGAAGAAAGCAACAUUUAGCAGGUGUAGUGAAGUGGUUAGAGCAGGUAUAGGCAAACUCGGCCCUCCAGAUGUUUUGGGACUACAACUCCCAUCAUCCUUAGCUAACAGGACCAGUGGUCAGGGGUGAUGGGAAUUGUAGUCCCAAAACAUUUGGAGAGCCGAGUUUGCCUGUGCCUGGGUUAGAGUGUUGGACUAGGAAUGAGAAGACCAGGUUCAAAUCUGUGCUUGGCCAUAAACUAAUUGUGUGAUCUUUGUCCAGUCACUAUCACUUAGCCUAACCUACCAUUAUAAAGUUGUUUUGUAGAUUAAAAAGUCAUGUGUGCUGUCUUCAGCCCUUGGAGGAAAAACAGGAUAACAAUGCAAAUAAUAAUAAAAAUAAUAUAAAUGCAUUUAAGGGGAAAAAAUUUCUGUUUCAUUCUUUGCUAAAUCUUUCACACCACAUGCAUAUUAUACUACUUUAGAAAGCAGUGACCAGUAAGCUCUUUAACUUUGAUUUAUUAAGUUAUCAGAUUGUAUACACUGGUACCUUGGUUCUCAAACUUAAUCUGUUCCGGGAGUCCGUUCGACUCUCGAAACCAUUCAAAAACCAAGGUGAAGCUUCCGAUUGGCUGCAGGAGUUUCCUGCACUCAAGCGGAAGCUGCAUUGUAUAUUUGGCUUCUGAAAAGCGUUCGCAAACCGGAACACUUACUUCCGGGUUUGCGGUGUUCAGGAACCAAUUUGUUCAGCAACUAAGCCAUUCGGGAACCAAGGUUCCACUGUACUGCUUAGUUUUUAUAGACAGUACAGUUUUAUUUUAUUUUUUUUUGCUGUGUGAACAUUAGGAUUUAUUUGUUUAUGUUUUAUUAAAAUAUUUACAAUCUGCCAUUUGUCUGUACUGGUAUCAGGGUGGAGCACAGAACAAAAAGUAAAAGCAGCCACCUAAAUAAUAAAAUAAACAGUACUGUUAAAAUAUACCAUCAAGCAAAAAGAAAAUGUCUGAGAAAAGAAAUAACUCUUAACCUGGUGCCAACAUGAGGAUGGCAUUGGUGCUGAUUGUAAGGAAAGGGUGUUCCACAGACAGGGCGCCACUACGGAGGAGGCUCUGUUCCUUCUUUUUCUUCUCUUACUACACAUAAUGCUAAUUUAAUGGUGCAACUGAUGUAUCACACUUUAAGAAAUUGGCACUGCCUACUGUGUUGUGGCAUCUGCUUGAAGUUUUGUACUUGUAGUAUCCUCUGUAUUUACAACAUACUCUUCCAAUCUCACUUGCCUGAUAAAGAACCACAAUCUGGGCUCAAAAGCAGAUGACUGAUGAAGUAACUCUGGAAAACUUCUUGCUUUAAACCCUUGUCUUGUAAAUCACAUUGUGAGGGCAAUGUAGCCUGCAAAGUGGGUUAUCUUUUAAAUAAAAUAAACAAAAAAGGCCUUAUUCAAUCAAAGUUUCUGAAGAUCUGAAUUCAAUAGAAAGCUGCGUGAUCUAGUUCAUAUUCAGAAUUACUGGCCUUGUUCACCUAUCACAGUAAACCACAGUUAAUGGUUUAUGGUCAACAUAUCAGUACUGGAUGUUUUGCUCUUACCCACUUCUGCUACAUAGGUAGAAACAAACCAUAGUAUCUGACUUAGCCUUACGUCCAAAUUAGUGUGGGCCACAGGCCAUUUUCUCCAAACCAUACCCUUCAGCUCAUCAGCUGAUGUCACUUGUCACUUAACUCUCUGCUCAUCACCUUAUGAGUUAAUGUUAAAACCUGCUCAGUUUGGCAGAAUUACAUGCAAACCCCUUUCUGAUUUCUUGAUUCAGGAAGGGAUAUGCUUUGGAAUCCAAUGCUAAAAUGUGGGAUGGGGGCUUUGUAUAAUACUACCUUGCAAGAUGCUUUGAAGUCUUGAUUUUGGGACUGUCUACCUUGUUAAAUUUAUGGCAGUUCAAACCAUAUGCAAUUGCAGGCAGCUUGGGCCAGUUUUGGAGCCCCACAAGCUAUCAAGGAAGCCAAGAGAGGAUUUUACAUCUUAAGACACAUGAGUGUCAUCUCUUCUGAUCAUUUAGCUUACUCAUUCAAAGCUUCAGCUGUUCCAUCAGGUCACUGCUAAAUUCUGGACCUUGUCUCUGUGUCCUGAUCCUCAGUGAAAUUUUAGAACUCAUAAGGCUUCAUGGACAAUUUGGUCAUUAGCUUUACCAAUAAUGUUGCAAUACAUUAUGCAGGGAAAGUCAUGUCUUUUAUUGCUUUAACUGUGUUGUACUAAAUUCAUUCAGAAUGGGACUUUUAGAGAAAUAUCAUAGCACGUGCUGAACAAUGAGGGGCCAAACAGAAACUGACAUUUGUGAAGAAUUUGUAAGACAUUUUGAACCAGUAUUAUUUCGGUAUCAUUUACAAAAUCUUAAACAGCUUGUGCCAUAAAAGUGGAAAUUUCAGUAUUUUUUAUUAAAAUAAAUGCAUAGGUAUGGUUCCCAUUCUGAGUGGCCAGUCCAGAUGAUGUUAACUUGGCAGGUAUACACAGGAUCAGCAUGCAGGAACAGCAUCAUUUAAAAAAUAUUAUUGCUCCCUAAUUUCCUGACAAUGAUCACAGACACUUAUAAUACCUUACCAGUUCAUUGCUUUUCAACAUGAUUUCCAAUGCUUUGAACAUCUUUGUGCCAAGCAGACCUCCCAAAAGUUUCCAUGCUGAAUGUGAAGGUUUCUCAGCAUUAGUUCACCCAACUCCUGAUACAGGUUUUUCAAGUUUCCCUGAAAAUCUCUUGCAUCUUAAGAGAUAGUAAACACAUUCAUUUAUACUGAAUGACCCAGAAUCUGUGUUUCAAAUAUUGCCAUUUUCACAUGCUACUUGAAAACCAUUUAUGGUAAGAGCCGUAGUUGGAAAAAGGUUUUCCCCCCUAAAAGGUUCACUUACUGCACUGACUCCUUGCAGAAACCAAGGCUCAUCCUACAUAGAAUCCUCAGUAAUUGAAGAGUCAGUGGUCCAAAAUUUGGCAAAAUUUUCAAACCCUACACACCAUCAUAUCUCUUUCCUGGAGCUGCCUUCUGCAUUUCCAGUUGGGUGAAAAGGCACUGACAUAGUUCAGGAAGUUUGCACGUCCCAGUUCUGCACCUCUGGGACUAUUGCUUGGGUUUGAUAUUUAACUCUUUUUUUUGAUAGUUGCCAAGGCUGCUGUUUAUCUUUGGUAUUACUCAUUCACCUUGAAGAUAUACAGUCAUUCUUGCCCACACACCAGAAGUACAAGGGUCUGGUUCAAACCUCUUUCAAGGCUUUGCUUCCAUAAUGGCUGAUGAAACUGAGGAAUCUGUUCCUUUGCUUCCACUGCAGGUGGCACCUCUGACCUGUGAUCUGUUUAAUGCUAAUCAGGUAGGGAUUUGUGUUUUGUCUGUACUGGAACAAAGUGCAACAAAUAUGACACAAUCCCCAGUGUCAUAAAAUGCAUCUUUGCUCAGAUAUGCCUGCAGGUUUCACUGUUGUGCAUUAUUUUAUCUUCUGUUCUGAAUUGCAAUCCUCAGCACAGUUCUUACUUGGAGUAAGAACCAUGUCAUAAUGUCUUUUUUCCGUCUUUGUGUACUUGUGGCCAAAACCCAUCAUGCCACCCUUCAGAAGAACUGAUACGAAAACUAUUUAGUUCAUACAGCCUGUGAAAAUUAACUCCCUGUAGGAAGCAGUCAUCAAUAUUCACUUGCAAGUGUCUUUGAAUUGUACUUAAUACUGCACUUUCCCCCCCUUCCAAGGUAAGGGCCAAAGAUGUUUCUUUGAAUCCAUCAACAGUUAUUUUCAGUUUCUUUAAAUAAAAAUGUGAUGCACUUGACUCUCACCAGGAGAGGAAAUUUAGGAUCAUGGAUGUGGUUGUGAUGUAUAUUCCUGUGAUCUGUAUUCUUUUAUUACGCUAUAAUGUUGCGGCUUUUGGGAGAGUAGUUUUACUUAGAUAUUUUUUCCUCUCUAAAUUGAAAUUAUUUCAUAUGGUGUAUUACAUUUGAAUUCUACAACAGCAUACAAGCUAAUGUUUCAUGUUUUUAUGCCACCACUGCCAACCUCCACAAUCUCAUAAGUAUAGGUAUUACUGCUCUUGUACCUGCUCCUGUCUUGUGGUGAUGCCGUACUUGUUUAUUUCCAACACCCUUUCAUAAUUGGCCUGUGUUCCCUUUGCAAUUAAAAAGCAAUUGGAGAAGGCAGAAGUGUAGGAAUGGAUAUGGUUGCACUUAUGGGAACAAAGGAUAAGUUCAGUCCUACUUUGUUACUGCUGUUGAGGAUAUAGAUUUUACCUUGGACACUCUAGCACAGCAUUGGCGUUUAUUAUUUAUUCACAAAAUUGGUUGCUACACUGACACCAUACCUAAUGCAAGUACACCAAAGGAAGGAAAUGAAAAACUUGGAAAUUUUUGAAGUCUUCUUGCUUAUAUCUGCUUCCUGUUUUCCUACUUCCUCUAUUCCCACCUUGCUCUAAAGGAUUACCUUUCCCAUACCAGAAGGUGCAGUACUUUUGCAUAGCAUUCAACUGAAAGGGAGGCGCUUCUCAAUGUCAUUUUUGGCAACAUUGAAAAGCACGCUCAUCCCCCCAGUUUAAUUUAUUUUAUAUUUUGUAAUUGUAUCAAAAAGGCUGGAGGAAAUCUUUGUCUCAGGGUCAUGGCAACAUUUCAGUUCGGAAUGAUAUCAGCCUCUAGCCAAAAUUGAUAUUGUAUUUUCAUGAUGUCAUCCUGUUCAUUACAUCAUCCCUGAUUUGCUGUCACUGUAUGACUAAUUGAGGGGGGGAAUCAGUGCUGUGAGGAAAGAAAGAAAAUGGUACAGCAGAGUGAAAACAUUGGCAUAAAGAAGGGGGUGGGGAAACAUUCCUGCAUAUAUUUUUUAGGAAAUACCUUGGGACUCAAAUCCAAAUGCAUUACUUUCUAUCCAAAAACCAAAUGGGAAGAAUAUCUGACGCAGCCAUAUUAUUUCAAGGCCUCGACUUAAUGCCAUGAAGCUCUUCUUAAGGGAAAGGUGCUGUGGCAGAAGGAGAGGCUGCUAUUUACUAAAUGCCCUAGUGGAAGGAAAAGAUGUGUAUCAGUAAAAAGCACAUGAAUCCUAAUGUGCUUGUGUGUUCCUUGUUAAAAUACUGAAUGUAAAUUGCAGAUUUUAAAACGUUUUUAUAUCUCUUCAGGUUGUAAAGAAGCUUCAGAUAGAAAAGUGAUGGGAAAAUGUUGGGGAACGAGGAGACUAAUAGGUUGAAUUUACCAAAGCUCUUUCCCCCAAGAGCUGAUUCAUUUUUUAUUUUUUUAUGCACAUUAGUAAACAGCAAUAUCAAGUAAGAAUAUUGUAGACAAAAUUAUUGAGGUAAAUUAACUUUGGCAUUUGUUGCAUAUGUAGAAAUGGUACACUAAUUAACUGUUUACAGGUAACUGAUAUCUGUCUAAUUAGCAUAAUUACCCCUGAGGAUUGUAACACUAACUGCCCUGCCUAACAUAUGCUUUCUUUCUGCUUCAUCUACAAGUGCACAUUUACCAUUUAUCACUUCUUUUUCUUACAGUGUGACUGUUAUCAUCAAUUGCCCCUGUAUAUUAGAUACUCUGCUGGUCUUUAGAUCCUUUCAGCUGAAUCUUUCCUUUAUUUCACAUGUUGCCCUUUAGUAAUAUAAUUUUAUUAUCCCUAUAACCGGCAACUUCAUGGGGCUCCUGGCGAUGUCCUGUCUGGGCACCGGCGGGUCCCACGCCCACUUAGCUUCAGCAGUACUGCAGCAUCAAAUGCUGCCAGACUACUCACUGAGCUCUGCCCUUUACGAUUACAACAUGGAAAAUACAUGUUGCAUGCAGGUGCUUAUGGAUCUGGGAUUUUUAAAAUUAUGUUUGUAGAAUGACAACGUUGAAAGACGGCGUAAUGAAAGCAGCGAUCGAAGAGGCAACGAUAAUCCCGGUUCAGCCUCCAACGGGCAGCCACAGCACAGCACCCGGCAAGUGGUGGAACAAGAUGAUGACGACGACGAUGAAGAGCUGACGCUGAAAUACGGGGCAAAGCAUGUGAUUAUGCUGUUUGCACCAGUCACGCUUUGUAUGGUGGUAGUUGUUGCAACCAUCAAGUCUGUCAGCUUUUAUACGCGGAAGGAUGGACAGCUGUAUGUAUUAUUAUUUUUCUUUUUUGCUCUGAUGUCCUCUGAGAUCUACCCCCUUUUGUGUUCUGCCAUUACACCAGUCUUUCACAGUCAUACAGUGAGCAAACAGGAAGCAGGAGACAAAUGUUCCCUUGGUUGUGCUUUCUUUGGGGGGGGGGGCUUCCUCUAGCUGCUUUUCUCCCAGCCACGCUCUAAGACUAGAAAUGAGCUCUACCAGAAGAAAAGCAACGGGGGGGGGGGCAGUUUUGGAGGGGAAGGAUUAAGCUGCUUCUUCCUCCCACUUCUCUUCUUUAGAUCAUUCUGGACCCAGGUCCCACUUUAAAUGACCCAUAUUAUAAUACUGUACACUGUUACAUCCAGUUAUACCUUCAGUGACAUUCUGUGAACCAAAGGAUAACUUGAGGUUUCUCAUUUUAUAAUGACAAGCAACAUUGCUCCUAUUGUUGCAUUCCCAUGUAAAGUCAAGUUGCACCUAGUACUUUAUAGAUAAAUAACCCAAGUUUUUGUUCUAUAUGCUCAAGUUCUCAGUCUUAAGAGUUUUUUUUUAGCAUGGUAAUCUUUUAUUAACCUCACUACAAAAAGUAAGCUUUCUGACUACAACGUAUUUCCUGUGUCUGCCUUUGGUUUUGUUCACAAGUGAAUGAAAUAUUAAAUUGUAAUUCAUUCCAUAUCCACUAGAUGGUGUGGGCAUAAAGGCAUUACAGUGGAACCUUGGUUCUCGAACGGCUUAGUUGACGAACAAAUCAGCUCCCGAAUGCCAAAAUCCCGGAAGUAAGUGUUCCGGUUUUCGAAUGUUUUUCAGAAGCCAAACAUCUGAUGCGGCUGUUGGCUAUUUUUUCUGGGGCGCCAGCACCAAUUGGAAGGCGUGCCUUGGUUUUCGAACGUUUCGGGAGUUGAACUGACUUCCAGAACAGAUUAAGUUCGAGAACCAAGGUUCUACUGUAUUUAGAAGAAUUAUGGCUCAGAGUAUGUACUGUAUGUGCUAAUGCUUGCUUAUUUGUUGAACUCUCCCUAGGGUUGGUCUCUUGCGCUUAGUCAAAAACUUACCACAGUUUAAGAACACAUUCAUAUUGCACAAACUUCACCUUUUACUUUUUAUCUGUAUUCUAUUGCAGCAUCUACACCCCAUUCACGGAAGAUACAGAAACAGUUGGACAAAGGGCUCUGAAUUCUAUUCUCAAUGCUGCCAUUAUGAUUAGCGUCAUCAUUAUCAUGACCAUACUCCUGGUUGUGCUUUAUAAGUACAGGUGCUAUAAGGUGAGCUCAGGUUUACUCUUACUGUAUCGAGGCUAUUAUUGAAGCCUUCAGCAUGUCUGUCUCAUUGUUUCUAAUAGCAUACCUGGAAUAUUUUCAGCAUACAAAGAGCCAAAAUAGUUGCUAAAACAGUGCCUAAGCUAAAGAUCAACUGUGAUAGAGCAGCACAGGAUGAUAAUAAUAAAGAUCGCUGUUUUUUCGAUAUUUCACUAUAGAUAAGGAUAGUUAUGAAUAUCUAAAUUGGCAACUAAUGUGUAUUUUUGACUUUAAUUUAGUGGGCCUGUUUUCAGGGAAAGAAUAAAUAUUGAAUUAAAUUAAAGCACCCUUUAAAAGCUGGGAAUAAUAUGGAAAUGUGCAAAAAAAAACAACCCCACCCCAACCUAUUAGAGAAUGGUUUUGUUGCAUGCACUCCAAUCUCUGAUCGGUAAGAGACUCCAGGGGUCCCAGUGCUUACCCAGGCACUGGGUAGUUCUGGAUUCAGCACACAAAGCAGGUCAAGCUGCUGUGUCUCUCCAGCUUCCUCCUCUAGCUUCAGACCAGACUUAAGACAAAGGGCUCACUCUUUACUGAUGUUUUCCUUGAUCUUGUACUCCUAGGAUGAUGUAACGUUCAGCCAGGGGGGCAAAGGCCCACGCAUUUGUCUCUAUAGCAGUAUGGUCACUCUUGCCUUGUGUAGCUGAAGGGUGCUUCCAAGCCCAGCUAAUCUUACAGAGAGACUGGCUUGACCGGUUCAGUGGUUCCCUCUGCUAGAUUCCAACCUAACAGAUACAUCAUCACAGACUUGGAAGGGACCCACAGGCAUCAUCCAAACCACCAGCCCAAUCCUGUAACAGGUUAUUUGGACCUCUUGUAGUCUUUAUUUGUCCAUAAUGCUGGUUCUCCCUCCCUUUGUCAUGGACUGCAUGUACUUAUGAAAUGAACACAUUUUACUGUGGAAUAUAUAUGUACUCCACUCUGUCAAGUAUAACCAUCUCCCUAUGGCACGUUAAGCCAAACCUUGGCUUAGUUGCCACACACACUCAGCUAAAAAACCCCAGAAGGAGCCAAUCACCUGUGACGUGAACCAGGUUCUUGUCUUAUUGACCAACAAAUGACAGUUUUCUUUUUUUAUUAGUAGUUUAGGUGUAUGUAAAAAGAAAAAGAAAAAUUCCAGAAAAACGGGCUUCAAUUUUCAUUAUUAUAUUCCUUGUGUAUAGUAAAAUUAUACUGUUGUUUUUUGUGUUUUCAGGUGAUCCAUGGGUGGCUCAUCGUUUCUUCACUCUUCUUGCUUUUCUUUUUCUCAUUCAUUUACUUAGGGUAAGUUUACAAGUAUUUUGACCUUUAGAAAUGUUAGUAAGUAAGAGGAUUAGCAAAUUUUUGUUGGCUUGUAAAGUCUAUGCCCCUUGUAAAAAAGUAAAUAUUGAAGCACAUCUGGAGUAAAGAAUACCACGGGUGCAGCACUGCAAAGCUUUGUGUAUUUUUCCUUGGACAUUCCUCACAGCGAGGAACUAAGGAUUCUUAAUUCUCUAAGUCUUGUAGUCUGAGCUGUAGAAGAGUGUGCUUCUCAAUCAAGACUAAAAUAGAGAUAUUCAACCUUGGGUCCCUAGAUAUGUUGCAAGUCACAUUAUCAGACCAUGGGUAGUCAAACUAAGGCCCAGGGGCUGGAUCCGGCCCAAUCGCCUUCUAAAUCUGGCCCGCGGACGGCCCAGGAGUCAGCAUGUUUUUAUAUGAGUAGAAUGUGUGCUUUUAUUUAAAAUGCAUCUCUGGGUUAUUUGUGGGGCAUAGGAAUUCGUUCAUUCCCCCCCCCCCAAAAAAAAUAUAGUCUGGCCUGCCACAAUGUCUGAGGGACAGUGGGCCGGCCCCCUGCUGAAAAAGUUUGCUGACCCGUGUCCUAGACCAUAGGCUAAGCUGGCUGGGCUUGGUAGGAACUAGGAACAUUUGGAGACCCAGAGUUGAAGAACUCUUCUCUGGAACACGAGUGAAUGGUGUUCAGUUAUAGCGUAGAACACUUAGAUGUCUCACUGUUGUGAUUACUUUUCCAGUUACGGAGAUUAGAAGGAGGUAAAAGGCAAUAAAACAAUGUGAUGCACAAUCGAGCCUAAAAGCAUGACACCACAUUUGAAAUGAAACUUGAAUCCUGUGUUUCUUCUAAAUGAAUUCCCCACCCCUAAGCUUUAAAUCUAGGCUAGGAAAUGAAGAAGAAACUUUGAGCUUGCUGCACAAAAUGCAAACAUAAUUUGCAGGGUUGACGGUUGCUGUUUCUUCUCCACCAUUCUUUGCGUAACAAGUUUUUCUCUUAAUCUUGUGUGUGUGUCCAAUAGGGAGGUUUUUAAGACUUACAACGUUGCCAUGGACUACUUUACCCUAGCGCUCAUGAUCUGGAACUUUGGAGUGGUGGGAAUGAUCUGCAUUCACUGGAAAGGUCCUCUCCGGCUCCAGCAAGCCUAUCUCAUUAUGAUAAGUGCUCUAAUGGCCCUGGUAUUUAUCAAAUACCUCCCUGAAUGGACUGCCUGGCUCAUCUUGGCAGUGAUUUCAGUGUACGGUAAGAUCCUUCAAACACAUCUUUUACUAGGAACAACAUUGACUUACUCUGCUUUUUUCCACUUUUAUAUUUAAUGCCUAGAAAACUAGAAUCAAGAAUCAGACCCUUUUACAUGUGUCCUUUUGAAGUCUAAGAAAUCAUACUGUGAGUCUGUAGAAUACUUUGAUUAUUCUUCUUGUGUGGACUAUUCCAUCACAAGAACAAUUUAUUUUCAAAGCAUUUAUUUUCCCCAAUCCUUUGCCCUCAAGGCAGCCUGUCUCUGGUGAAAUGAGAUAGGUGAUGCUAAUGGGAGAGAGAUAUCAUUCUCAAUACCUAAACUCAGAAGACCUCUGAAAAAGAGGGAACUAGAACUUUUCCAUAUUUUACUGCUUGAUAGCAGCCAGUCCUAAGAAGAAUCUCUUAACAAAAAAUCUCAUAACAAAAAAAAUUGUUAUGGAAAAUAUCUAGUAACAACAACUCUUCAUAGUUUGCAGUUAAUAAAUUAAUACCGUCUUAUCUUUUAUGACAUACUUCCUCCUUGGUGAUGCUGGACUAGAUUUACCUGUGGCCUGAUCCAGCAUGACUUUUCUUAAGUUAAGUUGCUCUCAUUCUAAAAAGAAAGAAAAGGGGGAAAGAGCAGAUUUGCGCAAGCCAUGUGACAAGUUUCUUCCCAAGCUUGAUCUGAGGUGAGAAUUGUGAUGUCUUUGCAGCACUGAACAGUAGAGAACACAAAGAGCAGCCAAAUUCCCCAACGACUAAAACAUAAAUUACUGUAGAAAAGUGUUCAUUUAUCACUUUAGUUAAGCGUUUAGAACAAAAUCUACUUUUAAGUAUAACAAACAUGUCAUUUUUUUUUAUUUGCACUCUUGUUUCCCCCCAAGACAGCAAGGUAUGAUGUAAAGGGAAGGAUUCCUCAGGUUUUGCCAUUCAUAAUUUUUGAAUACUUACAUCAGGUUUUGGCUAAUGCUAAACACCUCUAGUUUUUGAGCCAGAUCACAUUUAAAUGUAAGCUUUACCUUUUUCAAGUGGGAACAGGAGCUUGGCAGCCUUUUGAGAUAUACACACAGUGUAAAACAGGUUUGUGGAUGUCACAUGCUUUCUCCUCAAAUUGUAUUUGUUCAGGAAAUCCAAAUGACCUUUAUAAAGCGUUCUUGUUCUUCUGCAUAAGAUGUACAGAAACAAAGGUUGCACAUAAACACAGAUGUUCCGUGUCACAAGAUUAUGCAGAUUUGACAGUACCAUCAUAUAACACUGUCAUCAUUCAGAUUCUGCACUCAAAAUUUGUUUGUUAUGCGUAAAGACAAUUUAUAUAACUGUUAUUAACAUCUAUGCUGAAUAUGAAAAGAAUUGCCAGGUCACGUGGAAAUACACAUUUGCAUCUGCGUAAGCCUAAGUGAGGAUGUUUCGUUCAGGAAGAGUGGAUGUUUUUCACACUAUUGAAUUUCAGGCACAUCUGGUGUGUGUGUGUGCUGCUAAACAAAGUGAUGGCAUUUAAUUUGGUAAAGAGUGUCUAAGUGUCUUAAAAUUACAUAGUUCUAGAGAUAGCCAUGUAAUGUUCAAUUUUAAAAAGAACCUGGAGAAUAGGCUGUGUCAUGUACAUGUUGUAAAGGUAGUUUUAUUCUUUGAUAUGUGAGCUAAAACUAUUGAAUGCCCAGGUGCUAACAUGUUUUUGAAGCCUGCCAGAAGCAGCCACAUAGGGUGGAGCAGGAAUAGAUUUAAGCCCCAGAGGCCACAUUGAAAUGGAGGACAGCCAUCAUUUGCUAAGUCUGCCUUGCCUCACUAGUUAAGUCAGUUAAUAAAGAUGCCUGAACUUUUUGGUAUCCAUGGAGGGAACUUAGAAAUGAUCAGACUGGAAAGCUCAUAAACAGAUACAUUACUCUGGUUGCUGCAUAUAUAUUUUUUCAAAUAAGACUUUAUCUUCACAAUUGUGAGACCUGUGAAGAUUUGGUUACUGUAAUAUUUUGUCCACAAUGUGGAGAGAUAUACAGGCAGUAUCCUAGCACAUAACCUGAAAUUUUCUGUAAGACUUCUUCCUGCAGGAGCACUGAACUGCUUACUAAGCUCUUUACCUGAUCUUUGACAUCUGAGGCACAGUUUUUACUAUGAUUUAUUAAAUUUGUAUAUCACCCUUCAUCCAAAGAUCACAAAGCAGUUCCCAACAUAAAUAUCCAAAAGGAGAACACAAAAUAUAUAAUAAAACAAAAACAAACCAAUUAUGCCCCCCCCCCCAAAAAAAACACAUUUAAAAGGCAGUGGAAUGUUAAUCAGCAAAAGGCCUGGUUACAGAGAAACAUUUUCGCCUGGUGCCUAAAGAUAUAUAAUGAAGGUGCCAUGCAAACCUCCCUGGGGAGAGUAUUCCACAAAUGAGGAACUGUUUUUAGGACUCACCCUACUCUUUUUAUGUAAUUUAUUUUUACUGAUUUUAAUAUGGUAUUUUUAUACUGUUGCAAUCCACCCUGGUGUCCUACGGUGACUGCUGAGGUGUAAGCAAUCUCCACUUUUAAGAAACUGUAUUGCUAAAGUUUAGUUUUUUUUCUGGACAGGAGUUUUUUCUGUGUGUGUUGACCCCAGUGUUGGUGUCUUUCAGAUCUGGUUGCUGUAUUGUGUCCUAAAGGACCUCUUCGUAUGCUAGUUGAAACCGCUCAAGAAAGAAAUGAGACUUUGUUCCCAGCACUCAUUUACUCAUGUAAGUAUACAGAGUUGAGUUUUAUAUUCUGCAGCCUACUCCCAAACUAUGGAUAUUAAAAAUUCAUCUGAUUUUCUGCUGAAGUUGUGUGAUGCUAGAUGUGCAGCUGUGUUGUCGCGUUUUCAUUUCUUUGGGACUCAGAUCUGCUGUUGGCUCAAGAGCUUGGAACGUGUGCUGCGUAGGAUGUCCCAAGAUGAAAAGAACAUUAUGUUCUACCUUAAUUAAAAAUGGAAAGAGAGAAAAAGGAUUUGCCCUGGUCAAAACACCUCUAAUUGUUUUUAGCAGUAUUAACUUACUGCAUUUAUAUCUUUCUUCAGUGGAUCCAAGGCUGGCCCUGUUUACAAGCAUUUAUAAAGAUACAACUGAAAAAUACAAAGUUCAUCUUAGAAAUUUGGGAGAUCUCUGCCCAUUGAUUUGUAUGUAACUUUCAAGGAUUCCUUUCAAGGAUUCCAGUGUUCAACAUUGAAAGUAGAACAUUGUUACACCCUGCAAUUUCAUGCAGAUAGCGGUACAAAUGAUUUUAUGGUUACGAAACUAUACAAAUAAAACACACGUGCCUGUCUAUUUGGAUUAAGUCAAUCUGAUUUCUUUAUACUAAUCUGAAUGAUUCUACCACGGGUGUCUACUAUGCAUUUGUACUGGCAAAUUUCUUUUUUAAAAAAAUAAAUAAAUAGCCUAAUCAUACUUCUAUUUGAUUUUGACAUUUUGUUUCAAAUAAAGAUUGCAUUAUAGUUUUAUGCAAUAGAGAGCGGGUUUUUUUAAUCAGCUGGACUUACGACUAGCCUCUCCAGCACUCGUUUACUCAUGCAAGUGAUUUAAUGGUAGCUGUGCGGUUAACAAACAGAGAAAACAGCCUGGUUACUGUCGUCUUCCAUUUUUUGCUAUAUUUAUUUGUUUAUUUAAAAUAAUUUUUAUGCUUCCCUUCAAGCUCAGUAGCAGAUGAAACGUCUUGCUGGCUUACAGUCUAAACACCAGGUUUACAACAGGGAUUGGGAGGGGAGAAGGGUUAAACAAAACCAGUCACUGGUUCCUGAAGUUACAAAUAGCAUAAUGGAACCCUGGAAGAAGAAAAAAACCUUAAAAAUAUACUUUCCUGUAAUUGACGUGUAGUUAAAAAAAUUAAAAACAGGUAGCAGCAGUUAAUUAAGGAUAUCUCUGAUUUUUCCAAUAGCAACAAUGAUAUGGCUGGUGAACAUGGCUGAAGAAGAUCCUGAAUCUCAAAAGACAGCCACCAAAAACUCCACUUACGAUAAACAAGGUGUGUUUUUUCAUCUUUGAUUAGUUUAGUUCUUUUCACAAUGACUUACCGAUCAACUUACAAGUGACCCUCCUUUGCUAAUAAAAAGUACUUUACUCAUCAUGUACAAGGAUUUUAUGAAAUUGUAUUAAAGAAUUUUGCUUUCUGUGAUUGGUACAACUAUACUGGAAUGGUAGUUGGCAUAAUGACACAUAAUGUUAAUUCUUCUGGAAUCCCAUGCUCUUUUCCUUUCAUCUCCAUAUCUCCUGCAGACAUGGAAUAAAAAUCCUAAAUAACAGUUACAACAAGGACAUAAACAUAAAGUACUAUUCUGUUAAAGAUAGUUUUCACGAUGUUUUUAGAUGUCCAAAACAUUGGAUUCCAACUGUAAAAUUAAUCCUACAAUGUAUUUUAUUAUAAUUAUUAUUUAUUAAAUUUGUAUAUUGCCCUUCAUCUGAAGAUCACAGAGUGGAAGUUCUGUUACAUGAGCAGAGGUUGUUCUGUUCAUGCAAUAAUUUUUUUGGAUUCAGCCCAUUUUCUCUUUUCAGUUACAGCAAAUCAGAGCCAGAAUGCAAGUAGUGAGGCAGAUGAUGGAGGAUUCAAUCCGGAAUGGGUGCAGGAACGAGAUCGUAGAAUAGGGAAUCAUGAAUCAACCCCUGAAUCGCGACAACCUGUUCAGAAUCUUCCCAGUAAUUCACCAGCAAGUGAUGAAGACCCAGAGGAAAGUAAGUAACGUUGCCAUAUAAAUAUAUGCUCACUUUGUUGUUGUUAUUUAGUCGUUUAGUCGUUUCCGACUCUUCGUGACCCCAUGGACCAGAGCACUGCUUGAGUUGUAUUGAAUGGGAUGAAAAUACAGAGGCCCUCCUGUUUUCUGUUAAUUGAAUGUUAUGAUUCCAAAAACCUUGCCAAGCUGCUGAUUAUCCUAAAAAAAUAAAGCUAACUCAUACAGAAACCAUAAACAUAGGUUCAAUUAUAAGGUUGCAUCAUAAUUAGACACAUGUAACUUUAUAAAAAUCAUUAUAAGAAUUUUGUAGGAGACACGAGGCACUGAAGCAAUCUUCCAAGCAAGCAAACUUAUCAUUUUAUGCACAAACUGCAAGCUCCGAGCAAAUUAUUUGCUUUCUAGGCAGAAAAACUGAAGUUGUCUUUUACCAGAAAGUUGUAAUCAAGUAAGAUGCAUGAUGAGUGUGCCAUAAUUUCAGUCAAGGAUUUCCCACUUGAUGAUACCACUUACAUGGCAGGGAGAUGACUAGGAAACGUGUGGGGAGAAGCAUAGAGGUAUGUCGGGCUGUAUUUGUAAUGUUGUAGGAAGGCAAUGUAGUACCUGACCACAUUGUUAAGCCACUACCACUACAAUUUCCCUCAGCUUCUUGGAAGCAAGGAGAACACUGAGCUUACUGUGGAGUCAGAGGCUGCAGUCUGCCUUUCUACAUCAUGGGUGCAGGACCUUUGGCCUCCAGAUGUUGAACUGCAACGUCCAUCAUCCCUAGCCAUUGGCCAUGCUUGCUGAGGCAGAUGGAGGUUAUAUUCAUCAAUAUCUUGAGGGCCAAAUGUCCCCCCCCUCCACCGCCUCUCCAAGUUCUACCCUAUGAUUCUCGGUCAUCUGUUUCCACUCAGUCUGAAGCUGUACACUUAAUUUGCAUAUGCUGAUGUGGAUGUUGUUGAGUGUCCAUCCCCCCCCCCCGAUUUCCGUUCUAGUGAUGUGCACUCACUCAUCUUCUUGAGAAAUAAAACUUCCAAGAAAUAAUUUGUGUUUCUGCUUUUUCCAACUCCCUGUUUUGGUUCUUAAUUGACUCAGUGGAGUUGAAAUCCUGGGACUUGACCAUAUUUAUUCAGGUCACAUCUGUUUGAUAUGAAAUAACAAGCAUUUGGCACAUUGCCGUAAUAUCGCCAAGAGAAGGGCAGCAGGAAGAACCAAAAUACUUUUAGCUGCUUAAGAUGGCCUUGAUUUCUGGGAUGAAUGACAGGAGUCAUUUUGUGCCAUUGCUUAGUUCUUCUCCUUUUCCUCGGCAGGGGGAGUUAAGCUUGGCCUAGGGGACUUCAUUUUCUACAGUGUCCUAGUCGGCAAAGCCUCGGCAACGGCCAGCGGAGACUGGAACACAACUCUAGCCUGUUUUGUAGCCAUUUUAAUUGUGAGUAUAAUAUUAAGGUAGCAAUGUUAACGUUCCACUCUAAGUAGCAAAGUGAAGUCAUUACUACUGCAUUAGGGGAUUCUAGAGAUCACAUUUCAGAGCUCUAUUCUGUGGGAUUUGUUUGUCUGCCUUGCCGGUCAGGCAGCCUCAUUAGCGCUUCUUAAAUGUGUGUUACCUUUGUUUUGUCCCCCUCAAAAAUCAGUGGAUGAAUUGUGAUAGAUUCUGAACCUGGUAUGUAUGUGAAGAAUGUGCAUACCCAAUUCGAAUUCUCUGCAUGAUGCUGAGCCACCAACACCUACCUGCCUGGUGGAAAUGAGGCUUUUCAGCUUGCCACUUUGAUGAUCAGUUGAAAGAGCCUCUACUCCCUGCAGAUUCCAAGAGCAGACGGGCUCUGCUGUUUAACUGAGGGAAGCUGAGCUCAGAAUCUGCCAACAGAUAAUACCCGGUGGCCAUAUCCAUGUUGGAUUUUCACUCAACAAGAUAAAGUGUGUGAAUCAUCUGUAGAACAUUCAGUGCAAAUAGUGCUUCUUGGAAGCAGGCAAACAUAGCCUGUAGUAUUUUGUGUUUGUUAGAGUUCCACUGUCUAAUUUGUGUGUCCUUUUUUGUCUUUUCCUCCCCAGGGCCUGUGCCUUACCCUCUUGCUGCUUGCCAUUUUUAAAAAGGCCUUACCAGCUCUUCCAAUCUCUAUAACCUUUGGGCUCGUUUUCUAUUUUGCCACAGAUAACUUGGUGCAACCUUUUAUGGACCAGCUUGCGUCCCAUCAGUUGUAUAUCUAG